CAUCACUGCCAUCCCAGCCAGGCUUUGGAGCAGAUGGCCAGGACCCCACCCCUUGAGGUGGUGAGAAAACUACAAACAAGUUGGUAUGGCAGCUCGUGAGAUAUUGGGCAAGACCAGCAAUCGCGUAUUCACUUGUAAUGGUAUAAAAUAUCACAAAAUAGGCAUAUAGGAACAGCAGGUUGUUGCAGCCAAUCUUGUCUUGUGUUUAGGAAACAUUGCACCAAGGUGACACACUUUAAACCUAGAUUGCUGUUCAUUUAAAAACGCUGGUACCAUUAAUAAAAUUUCAACAGUGUAAAUAUGUUUUGAUGGAUGUAACAAUGAGUUACUGAAUGUUUUAGUUUAUGUAAAAUAUGCAGGGAUAUAGGGUAGGCAAAAUGAACCACCGAAAAAGGUAAGCCAUUGAUUUAAGGUUGCUUAAAUGAAUAUUUUGAAAUGUAAUUUAGAAAAUUUUAAAAAUAUAUACAAAUAAGCCUAGAUUGCAUUCCAGGGCAGGUGACUCGAUCAAGUUGGAAUGGAUAUUUUUUUUAAUUGUCAUGUUUUUUUAAUUCUCCCCCACUGAAUUCGGCAGUACCUAAUCUCACCAGGAUAGAAAACUGUACCGAGCGCUUGAUGAACAACUGAACUAGCUGUGCACACCUGGGUACCAAUUAAGCGUGAGUCGGUGUGAAAGCAGGAAAGAAAAGGACGGCAAAUGAGUAAGGAGGUGAGACCACCCAUUAAAACGGAAUCUAAAAUAGAAGCCUUUCACGCAACUAUAGCCUUACAAAGAAACCAAUUGGUGAACGGAAGGCCUCUGCCUGUUAUGAAAGUUAUUGGCUUGUUAGGAUAAAGGCAAAAUAACUAAAGAAAUAAGGAAUUUGUUCGGUAAAGACACCUGUUUAGGAGUACACUCCUACCUUGGAAGUCUAAUGGAAUCCAUUCCAGAAGUCUGUUCGACUUCCAAAAUUUUCAGAAACCAAAGCGUGGCUUUUGAUUGGCUGCAGGAAGCCAAUAAAGGUAUUUGAUUUGAUCUGACUGUGCAUUUAGCAGAGCCUGCUUUUAGCAGAACCUGCUCAGCUUUUGCUAAUGCUUGCAGAACAUUUUCUACACUACCUAGUGGCCAGUGUUCUCCCCUGCCUGCCACAUCAUGCCAAUGUUAUUGGUUAAACGUCUCUUGGUUUGGGACUCAGUGGAGGGAAUGAGCCCUGGUGCUACCAAGCUGGUCACAUGCCCCAGAUAGUUGCGUGCCAAAUUCAGAAACAGGCAGGAAUUGUGGGGGUGUUUCAGUAUCAAGUGGGCCACAGCAAGGAGGGAGAAUAAUGCUAAAAGCCAAGUCUCUAAAGGCAGUAGAAGUGAAACCAAAGAUUGACAGAAACUGAGAGACUGUUAACACUCGCUUGGGGGAAGCAAUCUGUUGUUUUUUAGACAUGGGUUUCCCCUGCAGCAUUUGUGUGUUUCUUCCUCAAACGCAGACCUCCAAGUGCCCCUAUUUUCCAGGCACAGUCCCUGGAUUUACAGAAGCUGUAUUAUUAGGCGUGUGACUGCAUGUAGAGCUACCCUACUGAACAAAGGUGCAAGUUACAUUAGUUUCCCUUCCUACUUUUGCCAUUCAUAUGCCCUGUCCCUGCCCCAGAAUGUGUCCCUUGGGGUGAUCAAGAUUAGCCAACUCUCGGUGUUAUGUUGGAGGGGAUGCCGGGAAACAGGGAAUGAUGUUCACAUGUGGUGGAGGUGUAAAUUAUGUACAUUUUUUUUGGCAAAGGGUGUUUUAAGGAGAUAACAGAAAUCACUGGGUUAAAGCUGACCGAAAGUUCAGAGGUAGCAUUAUUAUCAAUUUACGAUGAGGUGGAAGGUUCACAGGCUAUGAAGGACUUGCUCACAAAUUUAUUGACAGCUGCACAAAUUAUGAUAGCUAGGAAGUGGAAGGGGCAAGCAGAAUAUAAAACGGGAGAAUGGUAUAAAGAGGUGUGGGAUACAGCUAUUAAUGAUAAAUUAAUGGAUGCCAUUAAGGUAAGAUGGAGAACAUGCAGGAGGAAUGAUUUUAAGGAAAUAUCGAGGGUGUUUGUAGAAUUUGUACUGUUAAAAUGGAAAGGGGUCAAACCAUCGCAAGAGGUGUUGAAAUUUUGGGAGGUUGGAUAGUUACAAUGGAAUGGUCUCAGUGGUGGGGUGCACAUUUUUAUUCUUAUUUAUGAUUAUUACUUUGUAAAGAAAAGAAUGAAUGGGGGUGGGGGAGAUUUGCCAACUUCUGAAGUAUAAGGAGGUGUAAAAGUGUUGGGUGUUAUGAUGCAGGUGAUCCGAGCCAACAGAUGGAAAAUAAAGCUUUUGCAGAGUUGGGCUUGUGGAAGAGAAAGUGGUAAUGCAAAUUGGCGGGUGUACCGGAACCAGGUGCUGCCUAAGUAUCAAGGCUAGGUUGGUAGUCAAUGAGGAUGCAUCUGGCAAGUUGGUAAGAGGAGGAAGAGGGAUGGGCAGUCCCACCGGGACCUACUCUGAGCAGGCAAGAGAACGAAGACCUCCACAAAGUCUUGUCCAACUUCUCUAGUUCUAUCUCCUCAUUUGUCUGACCCUGUUAUUAUAAGAGAAACUGCUCCCUUUCCCUUAUGGGGUAUUCUAGAGCCCGUGUAGAGUCCUUAAGUGGGUUCCCUAUUGGUAGGAGAAAAUAACAGAGGCCAGCCAGAGUAUAUUGAGAAGCAAAGCGACUAGUAAGCCUGAUCUUUAUUCAAGAAACUAUUGCAACAGGGUCCCCACUCACCACACACAGGAGGGAGGAGAACCCUGAACAAUGGUGCGCAAGCCAUUCAAAAGUCUUUUGAAAUUGCUCAACCUGUAGCCCAAGACCACCCCACAAAUCAUCAUACAUACAUCACAGAAGGAAAUGGUCUACAGCAGAAAUCCUGUUUGCCAGGAUACCUGAUAAUGGUCACCGAUUGCAUUACCUGGCCAUUCUUUUGUGAUGGUUCCUGAAUCUAGGUCACAGGCUCACACUAUUAAUGCACAAACACGCCCGUAAGACAGGAUUGUAAGCAAAAAGACAACGGGAAGUCUUUCCCCAUUUGCCUCCCUUGCUGCAGAGGAAUAUUUGAGGUCAUUGGGAGAUCCAAAAUGGCUUCAGGAUUGCUCUCCCACACUAUUUCAGACCCAUGGUUCAUAUCAGGGCCGUCUUAACCAUAUCCAGCGCCAUGGUGCAAAGAACCUCCGGUGCCCCAUCCCCCGAUUUGCAGAGUUGUCGACCUUUUCCCAACCCUCUGCGGGGAUCACUCUCCUCCCACAGGGGCUUGGGAAGGAAACUGCAUGUCCGCCAGCCAUAUAGUUCGCGGGGCACAGCUUCCAUCCUAAACCUCUGUGGGGAUCACUCUCCUCCUGCGGAGGCUUGGGAGGCAAGUUGCAUACCCGCCAGCCAUAUGGUUGACAGGGCGCAGCUGGUGGGCAUGCAGAAGGGAAAGGGGAGGCCGCCGACAAAGCCCGCAUCUCCCCCUCUCGCUGGGGCGCCCCUGGGAGGCCAGCGCCCUGUCGCAAUGCGCCAGUAAACCCAAUAGGAAAGAUGGCUCUGGUUCAUAUAUUUAGAUAUGUGAGCAUUUAUGAAUAUUCUAUAUCUGAGACCUUCAAAUUCUUAUAACAUUGGGCUGAGAAGCUUCUGAUAAUAACCAUUUCUUUCCCCUGAAGGGAGGACCAAAAAACUAUCUGCACUAUGGUCCCCCCCCCCCCGUUUCUCUGUGAUUCAUUUAGAAUUCAGGCAAUGAAAAAUGUGAAGGGGAUAGCAGCGAAAGACUCCAGCUCAGAAAUUCCUCAGACAGCUGAUCCCGUCUUAUUCAGGGAAGGGGAACAUAUUGCCCUGUAGACGUUGUUGAAUUAUUAAGUGGUACACUCUAGGGUGUUGCACUUGCGCCGAGGGAACUGCACUGAACGUGCCUUUGGGUAGCGGUGGCUUACUCAAAUGCGCUUUCCCCACAUCAGCGCAUAGCAGUACAGUUAUUUACUCAAAUGUAUUUGUUUUAAAAGCGUGCAUUCUGCUUUUCUCCAUAAUGUGAGCUCAGAGCGACUCGCAAUGUAAGCUUCUUAGGAAGCCCAUCAGUUGGAGUUGGGCAGCGAGAGGGAUGAUUAAAAUAACAGUGUGAAAACAGCGUAUCAAACAACCAUUGUAAGAAAAUCAUGUUAAGGCAGAGCUAGGGAACCUUUGCCCAACAACUCCUAUCAGCCCCAGCUGUUGUGUGACAACAUCUGGACUGCCUUGAUGUAUCAUUAUAACACUUCCCUAAAAAUAAUAAUAAUUCAGCAGAAUCUUUAAAAACCAAGUUUGAAUCAAAUGUCCGAAUGAAUACAAUGUUGGGGGGUCUGAGGGAUCUCACCUGGAAUGGAUUCCACAGAUGGGUGCCACUGCCUAAAAAGCUCUGCUCCUUGUAGUCACCAGCUUGACUGCCACUCAAUGAGGGAGCUCAAAUACUUACCGGAGCAUGCAGGGGGAAUGCAGGAGAGCAUGCAGAAAAGAAAGCAAUUCUAUAUUCUGACUAACUGGUGCAUAAGUUUAAUUUUAGAUGUAUUUAAGCACAUGUAGAUGUAUUUUAGAUCUACAUGUAAUUUUAGAUGUAUUUAAACCUCAUUUGUCAAACUUCCAUUGUGGCACAAUUAUAGUUGAUCUCUUGAAAUAGCAUUGGCAGAGUGUUUUGUGAAAUAAUUGAAUUUGAUCCUUCCCACCUCUCUCUUUCCCUUAGCUUUAUGGGGAUAUAACUGUCUGCUUAGCUUUAUGGGGAUAUAACUGUUAAAAAGCAGAGACAUCACCUUGCCAACAAAGGUCCGUAUAGUUAAAGCUAUGGUUUUCCCAGUAGUGAUGUACAGAAGUGAGAGCUGGACCAUAAAGAAGGCUGAUCACCGAAGAAUUGAUGCUUUUGCGUUAUGGUGUUGGAGGAGACUCUUGAGAGUCCCAUGGACUGCAAAGAAGAUCAAACCUCUCCAUUCUUAAGGAAAUCAGCCCUGAGUGCUCACUGGAAGGACAGAUCGUGAAGCUGAGGCUCCAAUACUUUGGCCACCUCAUGAGAACAGAAGACUCCCUGGAAAAGACCCUGAUGUUGGGAAAGAUGGAGGCCACAAGGAGAAGGGGACAACAGAGGACGAGACGAUUGGAUACUGUUCUCGAAGAUACCAGCAUGAGUUUGGCCAAACUGCGGGAGGCAGUGGAAGCCUGGCGUGCUCUGGUCCAUGGGGUCACGAAGAGUCAGACACGACUAAACGACUAAACAACAACAACAACAACUGUCUGGAACUCCUGCUAUGUCAUAAAGGGUCCAGUGAUAAUUGAUUCAAAGAUAUUGAACCAUCUUAAACCAAAACUCCAGACACACUCCUUCAGAAUAAGCACCACUGACCUUGCCUGAGUGCAACUAGCUGUAUAGGACAUAGAAAAUAUAAGUGGAACCUACAACAAAAUGCUGCAGUAUGGCAUAUUCCUGGGGCUCCCAGCCACAACCUUUUACAAGCUGCCUUCUUCUAUUCCUCUCCCUUUCCCCUAGGGUUAUUUAACAUUCAAUAGGCCUGCUCAUUCCUCAUCAGGCUGUGUUUUGGGGGGAGCUUGUCCCCUUAUAUCACCCCAAAGUUUUUUACUUCUCUAAAUUUUUUGUUCCUUAGUGCUGUCCUUUUGACAGCAUAGCAAACGGAGGUGCUAGCCACUGCAAGCACUUCAGUUUUCUAUUAGAGAAAUCUAAGAACUAUUUUUUAAAAAUUGACUGAAGUGUUGGAGAAAGGGAAUGUGUAACUCUCAGCUACACAGCAUUUUUAAACAGGCCAUUAACGUUUAAACAAAAUUAAACAAGGAAGGUUCCCCAUUCGCUUAUCUUUAACAAACACCGGAAUAGUUACUGGCAGCUGAAUGUCAGAGGGAAACAAACCUUGGAAUCAGAAUUGCUUUAUAUGUUUUGUUUUUCUGCUAUGGAAAGUGCUGUCUCAUGGAAAAAAAAGCAGAGAGGUUGACACCUUUUCCCCCUCCCCACAGUAGUAUUUAUUUCUUUAUUUUAAAAAAAUAAUAAUUCUUAAUUGAUUUUGCAGAUAUAGAAUUAUAACAAUACCAAUUACAUAUCCAUAUUUAGAGAUUUCUCUGAAUCUCUGGACUUCCCUCCAUGGGUCCUAUUGUUAUCCUUUUCAACUACAUAUUAUUUCAUAGCCCAUAUUUUAUAUCUCUCCAUUUUGUCCAUAAUAUUUGCUACCUUGCAAGUGCUAUUGCAAUCCUGCCAAUGUUUUCAUCUGCUUACAGUAGUCUCCUAAAUAAAUUAUAUUUCUCCCCCAUUCUUUAUUGAAGUUUUGGUCUUCUUGGUUCCUGAACUUUCCAGUCAGUUUUGGCAUUUCAGCGUACUCCAACAGCUUAGUUUGCUUUUUCUCUCUGGUCGGGACUUUGUCUUCUUUCCAUCUCUGGGCUAGUAGCAUCCGUGCGGCUACUGUCGCAUACGUAAAAAGUCUUCUCUGAUCCUUUGGAAUAUCGGUACCUACAAUUCCUAAUAAAAAAGCUUCUGUUUUUUUAACAAAAAUUAUUUUAAACAUUUUUUUCAAUUCGUUAUAUAUCAUUUCCUAGAAGGCUUUUAUUACUUUACACAUCCACCACAUAUGGUAGAAGGUACCUUCUUCUUCUUUACAUUUCCAGCAUCUCCAGUGGUUUUUCUGAUCUUAUUGGGGCUCAGAUGUCUGGCCCUGAAGUCAUUCCCAUCCUACUCGUUGGAAACGUGAAAUGAACACGCGUGUCAAUUUCAACGAUGUGCACAUUAGCUGCUUAAAACACUGUGAGAUCAUUCCCUCCCACUGUGUUUUGAGUCGCCAUUUGCAGGAUACUGUUCACACCAGAAGGGUGGAAUAGGGAUGCCUUUGACCAGGCAUAGGCAAACUCGGCCCUCCAGAUGUUUCGAGACUACACUUCAUAUCAUCCCUGACCACUGGUCCUGUUAGUUAGGGAUGAUAGGAGUUGUAGUCCCAAAACAUCUGGAGGGCUGAGUUUGCCUAUGCCUGCCUUUGACCGAUGUACGUUACCAGUUUGGUUUCUGCAUGCCAACAACCACCCUCCCCUUUUUCCUGCCCAUGAAGCUGUCACCUGUAUCUCCCAGCAAGGGUAAGGGACGCUUUUCCCUACAAAAGGUUUGUUUAGCGCAGCUGAGAGCAGGCAGAAUUUGCAGUCUGCGCCAUCCCACCCAUUCUCUCACGUGCGUGCACACGCACGGUGGACGAGGAAGCAAUUCCCAGAGGGUCAGUCCAGAACUCAAGUGUGGUCAAGUAUAUGCUGAGAGCCAGAUGACAUUGAGGGCCACAUAAAAUUGGGACAAGGGCCACACACAACCGCAGGUCCUCACCCCAACUCUGCAGGCAAAUCUGUCCCUAGUACAACAUUUCCUUAUUUCUGAUUACAGUGGUAUCUUGGAAGUCAAAUGGAAUCUGUUCCAGAAGUUGGUUCAACUUCCAAAAGGUUUGGAAACCAAGGCGAGGCUAUUCAUUGGCUUCCAAGGCGAAGCUUCCGAUUGGCUGCAGGAAGCUCCUGCAGCCAAUUGGAAGCCGCAGAAGCCCCGUCGGAUGUUCGGGUUCCAAAGAACGUUUGCAAACUUCCGGGUUGGUAGCGUCCAGGAGCCAAACGUUUGACUCGCAAGGUGUUUGACUUACGAGGUACGACUGUACUGCCCAAACCAAGUCAAAUGGAACAGCUAUUUUCUACAGUUUGUUUACAUUGGACUAUGGAGAAAAGACCUCCCAGUCCCUAAGUUGAGAGUAGCUGGUGUAAUGGCUACAAAUGUUAUUGGGAGUACAGUUUCCAUCUGCCAGUGGUUGGGAUGAUGGAUGUUGGAGUCCAACAAUAUAUAGCAGUGUGUUGGCAACCUCUGCUUUUUAGGUUUGUAUUUGGAACUAAACACCACCACCUAGUUCAGCGGUAUUUUGUCCCAAAGGCUGCAGGCUUGUUUACUUUUCCACCGGUCUCCAUUGUUUGCAAUCUUUAGCUGCUUUAUCGGGGAAGCCUGUUAUCGGGGAGGGGGGGGAGGAUAGUGUAUAUGAUCCCUUGUUUUCGGUUCUGCCUGUCAAUGGUUUACUGGGCAAAGAUAAGCUACAGCGACAUUGUUUUGGAAUGUGCUGAAGAAGUUAAACACUGGAUGCAGCAGUUUUCAGUGUGCUUCUGGUGCCAUGCGGUGUUAAGCAAAGCCAGAAGCCUGCUUACACACUGCUUGCGGACAUUUCCACACCCUCCAAGCUUUCUCUGAUGAAAAUAGGGAUGUCCUAAGGAAAAGCAGGACAUUCCGGGAUCAAAUCAGAAACCAGGGCGGUUUAUGUAAAUCUGGGAGUGUCCCUGGAAAAUAGGGACACUUGGAGGGUCUGCAUUUCACAAUUCUGAAGCCUUCUUGCUUUCUGUGCAUGUGACAGAGGAGUUUUCCAUCCAGAUAUUCCUAUAUACAAAUAGCAAACUAAUCCUCCAAAUGUAGAUCCUUAGGCAGAGGUGUUACAAUGCUUGCAUGGUCCCCUGGGCAAAAUGCUUGCACUCCCAUGCCCAAAAAACAUGUCCAGUCACAACAACAACAACAACUUAUACCCCACCCAUCUGGCUGGGUUUCCCCAGCCACUCUGUGCAGCUCUCAACAGAAUAUUAAAAACACGAUAAAACAUCAAACAUUUAAAGCUUCCCUAAACAGGGCUGCCUUCAGAUGUCCUCUAAAUGUCAGUUGUUUAGUCUGUCCUGAGAAGGCCCUCUUGCCUGGUUCCCUGUAACCUCACUUCUCCCAGUGAGGGAACAAUAGCAAUUUCUGUAAGAAGUUUUGAAAAAAGAUUAGAGGAAGGGAUCUAAUCCUUGUCUUCUCUGCCACGGUCUCCCCGCCAUUGCUUGUCUGGCCAGCUUCGCCCAUCUCUCUGGCUCCCCCCACUAGGGCUGGACGAUAUAUCGCUAUAACAUCCCAAACUGGUUUGAAGUCCACAUUGUGAUACUGGUGUCAUCAUCUUUGACCUGGCAAUAUAUCACAAAUCAUGGUCUUUCUGUGCGUGUGCUCUAUGCAAAAAUCACAAUGGGGGCGGGGAACCAUGAAACCAGCAGGUGUCUCUAUAUAGCUCCAUCCUUGUAGACCUCAUGAUACAGUGGUACCUCGGGUUAAGAACUUAAUUCGUUCUGGAGGUCCGUUCUUAACCUGAAACCGUUCUUAACCUGAGGUACCGCUUUAGCUAAUGGGGCCUCCUGCUGCCACCACACCGCCGCAGCACGAUUUCUUUUCUCAUCCUGAAGCAAAGUUCUUAACCCAAGGUACUAUUUUUGGGUUAGCGGAGUCUGUAACCCGAAGCGUAUGUAACCUGAAACUCUGUAACCUGAAGCGUAUGUAACCCGAGGUACCACUGUAUAUCACAAUGUUGAAAACCAGUUAUUGCCCAGCUGUACCUGUGGGUUAAACCACAGAGCCUAGGACUUGCCGAUCAGAAGGUCGGCGGUUCGAAUCCCCGCGAUGGGGUGAGCUCCCGUUGCUUGGUCCCUGCUCCUGCCAACCUAGCAGUUCGAAAACACGUCAAAGUGCAAGUAGAUAAAUAGGUACCGCUCCGAUGGGAAGGUAAACGGCGUUUUCGUGUGCUGCUCUGGUUCGCCAGAAGCGGCUUAGUCAUGCUGGCCACAUGACCCGGAAAAACUGUCUGCAGACAAACGUCAACUCCCUCGGCCAAUAAAAUGAGAUGAGCGCCGCAACCCCAGAGUCGGUCACGACUGGACCUAAUGGUCAGGGGUCCCUUUACCUUUAACUUUACCCCCCACCCCUCUGCCUGUACCAGGUGGCCCUAGCAGUCCCUGAAACAACAACUUCUUCUUCUUCUUCUUCUUCUUUAGCUUCAGACAGUCCUUUUACUUUCUCAGAAUGCUUCUGGAGGUGAGUGAGACCCAGAGACAUUUUGGAGAAUUAACAGUGGCUACUGUUUGGAUCUUCACCCUGCUCCUAUGGCAGCACUGCUCUUGCAGGAAUUGUCAGCCAUCUUGGCUCUGUCCUUUAGCGGGGCUCAGGGCCUGUGAACCCACCGACCUGUGCCCUGUGAUCCGGCCCUAACAGUGUCCCUGUGUAGUCAAAACAGCACCACAUAUACAUGCGUACGCACGAGGAAGGUAUUAGUAGGCUGGGGGGAAACCCAAGAUUUGCAGAAGUACAGAAAUAGAUGGAGGAGCUCUAAAGGGGGGGGAACCCAGAAAUAGUCCCAUGAGGGCUGUGUUCAGUAGGCACAGAAUGCUGAAUUUCUGUAUGACAGGACGGAACGGCUCACAGUUUUGAAGAAUAUUCUUCCACUUUGAAUGGUCCAUGUCAGCAUUAAGAAAAAGAAUUUUCGCCUGCUGUUAUAAUUGUUCUCUCUGUGAAAUGGAUGUUUUGUAUUUAUGAAAAAAUAACAUGGUUGUGACCAAGUUGCAACAAUUAAGGCUGCACAGAAAAAAGCAUUUUGGUUCCCGAAAUUCAUUCUGAUUGCGCAGAUAAAAUAUAACUGAUCAAAUUCUACAGGACGUGGUAAUAGUGCGUGAAAACACUCCAGCUCCCAGGCAGGCACCUCGAGAUGGUGGAGAUGUCUGGCCCCAUCCUGGCUCCCAGGCAUCUUCACUUGGUUGCCAGUGGCCAAUAGCCAGGUGCAAAAUGUGCCUGGCGCCUGGCUAAUUUCUAACACUGCUAUAGGCACAUACAGUGGUACCUCAGGUUAAGUAUUUAAUUCAUUCCGGAGGUCUGUUCUUAACCUGAAACUGUUCUUAACCUGAAGCACCACUUUAGCUAAUGGGGCCUCCUGCUGCUGCUGCGCCGCCGGAGCCUGCUUUCUGUUCUUAUCCUGAAGCAAAGUUCUUAACCUGCAGCACUAUUUCUGGGUUAGCAGAGUGUGUUACCUGAAGUGUAUGUAACCUGAAGUGUAUGUAACCUGAGUACCACUGUAUUAGAUUUUGAUUAUUGCUGCCAGUGCUUUUUUCCUUUAAAAACAUUAAAGGGUACUCUCAUUUUGACUCCAGAAAAGCACCAUUUUAUAGUUCAAAUUGGGGAAAAUAAAUACAGUAAAUGGACAAAAGUACAAAGAUUCACCAAAUGUUUAGGCGUAUGCGUCCCCCCAGAAAAAAAGCACUGAUUGCUGCUCUCAUCCCCGUCUGCAACAACCCUAGUUACUCAGUUCACAGCUAACGCUGAUCAGACGUUAACUGUUGGCUUUCCUCUCUCUGUGGGAUUUAAAUGCCGAUUUAAGGAGGGAGCCGGUGGCGACAUAUCAAGGUUAGCUCACUGCGUUGCUGCCUAUUAAUGGCACACCGGCUAACGGGGUUUAUUCUUACACAUGCUGAGUGUGUUGAGGGGCCUUUGAAAACCACCAGCACCCAGGCAGAGCCUUUUGCUCUUGGACUGAGCUGCGGCGACUGAAACGCACAAAGCAGCUCCAGCAGCUGCUCCUCCAGCGUCCAGGCUUGCCCUUGACUGAGUUGCCAAGGUCGGCGGAGGCGCUUCUUGCACACACGCUGCUUCUGCCACCCUGAAGCCAUCUAGCUGUUUCCUAGCACCCGAAGCCACCAUCAUUCUGGGGCAGCUUGUGACUUCACAAUCGGCUGUGUGCACAUCUGCUGCUUGUCUGCAAAGGGAGAGAGGUCUGCUGUGGGCCUUUCUGGAAGCUCAGGGUUAGGAUGAGCAAAGAAAGAGGAAGAUAAUAAACCACAAGAUUAUUACCAAGUGGAGAGAGAGAGAGAGAGAGAGAGAGAGGAAGGAAGCAGCAGCAGCAGCAGCAGCAGCAGCAGCAGCAGCAGCAGCAACAACAACAAAAGCCUGGCUUUGCUUGCUCCCAUUUUCUGAUCAGAGGUUUGAUAUGUAGAAAUUGCUUGGGUCCUUUUAGACUCUGGACUUGGUGGUCUUUCAGCCUGUGGUGUUUGGCUGUCAGCCGUUCUGCUGAGUAGGUCCCUAGAUCUCUUCCUCCAAGUCCUGCCCUGAUGGUGAGGCUGCCACUUCUCAGUGCAAGGAGCUAAGCAGAGACUGUUCUGCUUAUUGCAGGGUGCGGGGAGAGGAUGAUUAAAGGGACAGAGACCGAGGUCAGCCCAGUUCAACAGCUGGCAAUCAAUCCUAUUCAGUAACCACAUAACACCGGUCCUGAAAGACCUACAUUGGCUCCCAGUACGUUUUCAUGCAGAAUUCAAAGUGUUGGUGCUGAAGUGUAAAGCCCUAAACGGUCUCAGUCCAGUAUACCUAAAGGAACAUCUCCACUCGCAUCGCUCUGCCCGGACACUGAAGUCCAGCACUAAGUUCCCUCACUGCAAAAAGGUGAGGUUACAGGGAGCCAGGCAGAGGGCCUUCUCGGUAGUGGCGCCUGUCCUGUGGAACGCCCUCCCAUCAGAUAUCAAAGACAUAAACAACUAUUUGACUUUUAGAAGACAUCUGAAGGCAGCCCUUCUUUGGGGAAGUUUUUAAUGUUUGAUAUUUUAUCACUUUUAUUAUUAUUAUUAAUAAUAAUAUUAUAUGGGAGCCCCACAGAGUGGCUGAGGAAACCCAGCCAGAUGGGCAGGAUAUUAAUAAUAAUAAUAAUAAUAAUAAUAAUAAUAAUAAUAAUUAUAAUUUCCUACAGUCAUACCUUGGUUUUCAAACAGCUUAGUUCUUGAACGUUUUGUUUCCCGAACGCCGCAAACCUGGAAAUGAGUGUUCUGGCUUGCAAACUAUUUUUGGAAGCUGAAUGUCUAACAGGCCUUCUGUGGCUUCCAAUCAGAAGCCACGAUUUGGUUUUCAAACGUUUUGAAAGUCAAAGAGAUUCCGUUCGACUUCCAAGGUACGACUGUAUAUGCAGCAAAAGCACACCACUUUCCUCAAAAGAAUCCCGGGAGCUGUAGUUUGCCCUGUUCGGCACUACAAUUCCCAGCCCCCUUAACGAAGGACAGUUCCCGGGAUUCUUUGGCAAGAAGCUGUGUGCUUUAAAUGUAAGAUGAUGAGGUGUUUAGAAGUCAUCCUGUCAGCUGCAGUGCCCAGCGGAUGGAAACACAGUGAAAUUUCCUGCAAUGUAUCCUGCCCAGCCAGCCUGAACUGAAUAUAGGUUUGUCUAAGGCAGGGAAGACACCUGUGUCCCUGAGUAAGCCAAAUAGGCGGUUUGGCAGUACGUUGGCCUGACCUUGAGAUCACUGAUUCAACACGCUCUGAACUGGUCACGAUGUUCCCACUCUUCAUUCAAAACUUCCCAGCAGUCAUGCACUGAAAUGUGAAUCCAAACUUAUGGCAUUUAGUAGCUUGCAUUGAAACGCUGCUUGCGUUUAAGAAGCAGCACCAUUGAUUUAACCCGCAGCUUAUUUCUCCCCCGUGGUACAGGCAGGGGGAACCUGUGGCCUUUCCAAACAUUGCUGGACCACAACCCCAACAUCCUUGACAAUUGCCCGUCUGGGCGGUGCUGUGUCACAGAAGUGUGCUGGUCGGUAAUCGCACAGUUCAGAGUUAACGCUUUAUUAGCAAAAGCACAAGCUUCACAAACUUGGUUGAGUGCCUCAGCUUCAGGAUCUGUCCUUCCAGUGAGCACUCAGGGCUGAUUUCCUUCAGAAUGGAUAGGUCUGAUCUUCUUGCAGUCCAUGGGACUCUCAAGAGUCUCCUCCAGCACCAUAAUUCAAAAGCAUCAAUUUUUCGGCGAUCAGUCUUCUUUAUGGUCCAGCUCUCACUUCUAUACAUCACUACUGGGAAAAUCAUAGCUUUAAGUAUACGGACCUUUGUUGGCAAGGUGAUGUCUCUGCUUUUUAAGAUGCUGUCUAGGUUUGUCAUUGCUUUUCUCCCAAGAAGCAGGCGUCUUUUAAUUUCAUGACUGUUGUCACCAUCUGCAGUGAUCAUGGAGCCCAAGAAAGUAAAAUCUCUCACUGCCUCCAUUUCUUCCCCUUCUAUUUGCCAGGAGGUGAUGGACCCAGUGGCCAUGAUCUUCGUUUUUUUGAUGUUGAGCUUCAGACCAUAUUUUGCACUCUCCUCUUUCACCCUCAUUAAAAGGUUUUUUAAUUCCUCCUCACUUUCUGCCACCAAGGUUGUGUCAUCUGCAUAUCUGAGGUCACUAAAGCUUAUACGCCAUUAAAAAAAUAGUCUUCAAGGUGCCACAAGGCUCUAAGGCUCUUCGUUGUUUUUUAUUGAGGGGGGAAAACGUGAAAAUAGUUCCUUAGUGACUGGGAUCCACGAAUGUGUAUAGUUUUAAAAAAUGGAUUAGAGAAAUUCAAGAAGGGUGAGGCUAUCAACGGCUCUUAAACGUAAUGGCUCUGUGGUAUUUCCACCAUAGGGAGUGUUACUGUCUUGGAGUUGCUGGGAAUCUCAGGACGGUGAGAGUUGUGGCCCUGCGGUCCUGCUUUCGGGCAGCCCAGAAGCAUCUCGUCGGCCUCCGUGAGAACAGGAUGGAUCCAGCCCUUCUGGCAGGGUGUUAACAGAAUGCGGGCGUCCCUUGGCAACACGACAUUGUGCAAAUUCCUGGUGACACUUUUCAGCGCGCGACGCAAGAGCAUUGGGAAACGAAGGUGACAUUCACGGGGAAAUUCGCAACAGCUAGGUGUUGGGGCGCAAGCAACACUUGCAAGAAGUCUCCCACUUGCGUUGCAUCCCCAUUGUCGUGGAUGUGCCUCUCCCUGGAAAUAAAUCCACCAUAACCGGGUGUUUAAGGUGCGUGCCUUUAUCUUCUUAGUAGAUUGCUGCAAAUUACAUCACACACACACACAAUAUCCCAGGAACAUUAAAAGCAGCAAAGACUCUUCUGUGAAGCUUGACCUAUUUUCAAACCCCACCACCACCACACCUGUUCCUAUUUCCUUUUAAUAUAACAGAAGGGGAGGAAAUGCUGAGCUGGGAGGGAGACUGCAAAGUGGAUGAUGGAUUUCUUUUUUUAAAAAGCAGGGCCUCUGAUUUAGCAGCGUCGGAAGGAGGCGGACCAUGCCUGGGUGUCAGCGAGCGCCGCUUGGCGACGCUGAUGCUGCAAGCCAGGGGGAGAGGCGCGUUUCCUUUCCUCUCCGCCUAACGGAGCGGCGGCUGGCGACGAGCGAGGCGCGCAAAGCGCAGGCGGCGAGGGGGGCUGCUGCUGCAAACUCCCCUUUCCCUUCCUCCGGAGGAUACCGAAGACCCUCGGCAGGGAAGGAAAAAGAAAGCCACAACAGCUGCAGCUCAGAAGGAUCAGCCAGAUCCUCCCUCCUAGGGCACAGAAGGCUCCCCCACCCACCCACGUCGCCACCAACAACAUGGAUCCUGCAACCCGGAGGACCAAGGCGGAGGACGCCGAGCAGCUCCCGCAGCAGCCUGAAGAAGAGGAAGAAGUGGAUCCCAGGAUCCAGGUAAUGGCCAGGAGGGAGGAGGUUCGGGAUCGUUUUCUUGGGGAUCCGAUUUAGCCCCCCUCCCCUCCCACCGCUCACUCACGCCCCUUCGCGGGGAGCGCACAUGGUGGGCGCAUCGACGGGGGGAAAUCGGCGUGCGCAUUUUGGGGAGGUUGCAGGGCCGGGCGCCUUUUAUUGGGAAAGUGUGCGUGCGUGGCGCUCGUUUGCGCCUCUCCGGCCGAUUCUCCUCUCCCCCCCAAAAAGCCGCGUGUAAAUUCGUGAAAAAGGGGGAGGGGGCGUUGCCUGCCGCCAUGCGCUCCCUCCACCCUUUGGUGCUUCAUUAGAUUUCUGCCAAGGUCCUUCUGCAGGCGGCAAAGCCAAGGGGGUCCGCCGAUCUCUCCUUCGCAAUUUCGCAAAGGGUGCUUUUGGUGAAAGAGGAGCAGCCUCUCCUCGCCGCCUUCCCUCUUCUCCCUUUCUAAAAAGCAGCGGCGGCGACGUGCAAGCGGCGAGAAAAACCCACACCCUGUUCUGGUGGCGGUCUCUCUCUCUCUCUCUGGCUCGGUCGUUGUCAGAGGGUCAGGCUCCUUGGGUUUUGGGUUUGUUUUUUUAGGAUGCCGUGCCAAAGGCAAGGGAUCUGGCUCCGGGCGAGCGCUGGAGAGGAAGGGAUGAGGGUGGAGAGGGGCUCUCGCCCAGGGAUGCCACAGGCCGGAGCAGGUUGCGCUAGAGCGCUUUUGAAGGUCGUGGUGGCGUCUUGCAAGAGAGAAAGGCGGGGGAGAAGAGAGCGCUACCUUAUAGUGGCUCAGUAUUCCGACACUGUCUGGCAGCCACUGUCCGGGGUUUAGCCCCACGGGGAGAUACCAGAUUUCGAACCAGGAGCCUUCUGAAUGCCAAAUGGAUGCUGUGCCACUGAACUAAGCCUCGCUUUGUUGUUGUUGUUGUUAUAAUAAUAAUAAUAAUUUAUUAUUUAUACUCUGCCCAUCUGGCUGGGUUUCCCCAGCCACUCUGGGCGGCUUCCAACAGAACACUAAAAUACAAUAACUUAUUAAACAUUAAAAGCUUCCCUAAACAGGGCUGCCUUCAGAUGGUAGUUAUUUUUCUCUUUUACAUCGGAUGGGAGGGCAUUCCACAGGGCGGGUGCCACCACCGAGAAGGCCCUCUGCCUGGUUCCCUGUAACUUGGCUUCUCGUAGCGAGGGAACCACCAGAAGGCCCUCGCCGCUGGACCUCAGUGUCUGGGCAGAACGAUGGAGGUGGUUUAUUGUUGUUUGUUUAUUUAUGUACCACCUGUAUCUUCCAAGGAUCUCAAGGUGAUGUACAUGGUUCUCCUCCUCCCCAUUUCAUCCACACAGCAACCCUGUGAGGUAGACCAGGCAAAGAGCUUCAUGGCCGUGUACGGAUUUGAAUCCCGCUCUCUCAGGACCUAGUCCAACACUCUAUAACAGUGUUCCCCAACCUUGGGCCUCCAGCUGUUUUUGGACUACAAUUCCCAUCAUCCUUGACCACUGGUCUUGCUAGCGAGGGAUGAUGGGAGUUGUAGUCCAAAAACAGCUGGAGGCCCAAGGUUGGGGAACACUGCUCUAUAACAUCACACCACACUGGCUCCCUAUAGUUUUAAAACCAUUGACCACAUUCCUGGCCGAUAUUGGCAACAGAAUUGACCAACUGCAACCUUGUUCGCAUACCACGAGCUCCAAUUGUCUCUCUUUUACCAGGGUCAAUCAAAUGUGCAAUCUUGCUUGGACACUAGCUUCAGCUAAGCGUUAGACACUGAGAUAAUUGGUUACAACCAGAAGUGCAUUAGUGCUUUGACGAAGAUCCUGCUCUUAGUUUCAGUUACUGCCCCUCUCCGCUCUGCCGGUUCACAAAUAGCGUCCCCUGCUAUAAAUGUCCCCCACACCUGCAGUACAGGAAAAGACAGUUCCUUGUCCCAUCUCAUCCAACAAGCAAGCUGCUUUGAAAAGCUUCAGGUGUGAAAGUGGCCUAUGACUAAAAUUAUAAAUGUAUAACAUCCCUGUCAAUUUCACUGUUUAGGUUUUCUUCUUCUCCAAAUUAAGAUACAGUGGUACCUCAGGUUACAUACACUUCAGGUUACAUACGCUUCAGGUUACAGACUCCGCUAACCCAGAAAUAGUACCUCGGGUUAAGAAUUUUGUUUCAGGAUGAGAACAGAAAUUGUGCUCUGGUGGCGUGGUGGCAGCAGGAGGCCCCAUUAGCUAAAAUGGUGCUUCAGGUUAAGAACAGUUUCAGGUUAAGAACGGACCUCCGGAAUGAAUUAAGUACGUAACCAGAGGUACCACUGUACUACUAUGUGUACUGUUUUGAUGUUUUGUCUGUAGAGACAAGAAAAAACCCUAUGCCCACGAAAACGACAAUUCCUUCCUCUUGUCGGUUGUUUUUGCAGGGGUGAAUGGGGUCAUGGCAUCAUAAAAUUAUAGAGUUGGAAAGGGACCACACAGGUCGUCUGUUCUUAUUCCCUGCAAUGCAGGAGUUUUUCAUCCGAGGUGAGACUUGAACCCACAACCCUGAGCUUAAAAGUCUUGUGCGCUACCAACUGAGCUAUCCCAGCAGGGAAACUGUUUUCUUUCCCUCCCUCUCCUGUGACAGGUUCUGCAGAUGUCCCGUCAGGAGAGGAGUAGCUGAGCAGCAGCUUCUCUGCCAGCAGGGACCAAAGAGAUAUUUCCGUCCAUUUUUAACACAUGAAAAAGUUCUAAAAAUUCCUCUGUCUCAACAAAUCAGUUGGGGGGCAGAAUGAUGGGUAAAGAGUCAGAAAGGGUUUUUAGCUAAACAGGUAACAUGAGCAGCUGUCUGUCUUCAUUCCUACAUAGCCACCAGUUGAGCUCAAAACCCGAUCGAAGCGUGUUUAAAAUGGCCUUUGUGCCUUUCCCAUGCUUGCAUACCGACAAUCAGAGAGAUGCUGCCAGAUGUUUGAAAUGUCAUGUUGUUAAGCUGAUACGUGAGGCAGAAAGUCCCUGGCUCAGAUGUCUCCUGGCUCAAAUGUCAGGAGGUGAGCUGUCUGCAAAAUGAGGACCAAAAAUACUCUGGGCUCUCCUGCCGCCAACAGAAAUAAACACAUAAAGAACAUAUCAUACAAAAACUCUGCACAUACGGUAUGCAAAAGAAUGAAAGACCAUUAUCCCCAGUGUUUGAAAUUAGCCGGGCGCAUUUUGCGACUGGGGAUUGAGAGAAUGCGAGCGCUUUGAGAAGUCUUGUCGCCAGGGUGGAUUUGAUUUAAAUCAAAUCGAUUGAAAUCACGAUUUAAAUCACUAGUCAGUAAGACUUGAUUUAAAUCAUAUUUUUUUUUGCAGAAAGACUUAUUCUUUCUGGCAUAAUCUUAAUUUUUACAACCAGAUGAAGGUUUCAUUUUUGGAAUAAUAAAUUUCCAGAGUAGUUUUUACAGUUAUAUGAAAAACUGCUGAUUGGGUAGUACUAUUAGAAAUACAUAUAGACUGAUAAUUAUGAAAUUAUUGUGCUGUUUAAUAAUUUAACUGUUUAUAUUUGGACAACUUUUCUGCUGUACUUUAUUGGAAGGAGGAAAACAAUCAUUUCCUUAAUAGCAAUUUAAACAAUUUAUUUAACUGAAACAAUAACAUAGCAUGUGUAUCCAUGUUUGUUAACUGAUGUGGUUGAACAAGGUUUUUUUUGAAACAAACAAACAACCCAACAACCUUAGACUGAGUUUUAGCACACAUGAAAAACUUAAAACAAAUCCUUAUUUCCUGAUAAUAGCCUUUGGACUAUAAUGUAACUUAAAUAGAAAACUAUCUUUAGAAAGAUUUUUCCUCCAAAAGCAUUUUAUUUUAAAAAUCCAAUUUAAAUUAAGAAAAAUCCAAUUUAAACUUUUUUAAAAAAUCAAUUUAUAUAAAAAAAAAAAUCUGAUUUUUUUAUUUUUUUAAAAAAGAAUAAUUGAUUUUUAUCCACCCUGCUUGUCGCCAUGUAUGGCGUCUGAGACUCAAUAAUAAAAUGGCUGGCACUGGGAGCACAGGAGGGGAAAUGUCUCCCUGCCUGACUCCAAAGUAAGACUGCACAUAACUUUUUCUAUCCUAGUUUCUACCACUGAUUAUCCCUUCUUCCUUCCCCCCCAUCUCUCCCCACAAGGCCUUUGACAGCAGUGUCUCCCACCUGUACGAAUUGAAAGCGCAGACAUUAUAUGUAUUAUGUACCAUUGUUACCCUUGAAAAUAACAAAAAGACUGCUGUCUUAUCUGGCAGCUCAUUUGUCAGGAUGACUGUCUCAAAUGUAGGCGAAGCAGGGGACUGUUGUUAAGAGCCCAUAUAAAUACUAAGUAUUCCUGGGUCGAAAUAUUGGACCUACUGGAGAAAUCUCCACACAGCCGUGAACCUUGGGCCAGGCAUGCACUCUGAAGUCUUAGCAACCUCACAGGGUUGUUGUAGGCAUAGCUGUCAACUUUUCCCUUUUCUUGCGAGGAAUCCUAUUCGGAAUAAGGGAAUUUUUGACAGCUAUGGUUGUAAGGAUAAUAAAAUGAUAUUUUUUUGGGGGGGAGGGAGAAUUCUGUAUGCCACCCCGAGCUCUGUGGAGAAGGAAUGGGAUAAACGUGAACAGUGGACGCUUGGGUUGCAAAUGUGAUCCGUGCGGGAGGCACGUUCGCAACCCGCUGCGCAUGCGCGGGCCGCGAUUUGGCGUUUCUGCGCAUGCGCAAAGCGCGAUUUAGUGCUUCUGCACAUGCACACGCACUGAAACCCGGAAGUAACCCGUUCCGGUACUUCCGGGUUUGGCGCGGUGCGCAACCCGAAAACACACAACCUGAAGCGUCUGUAACUCGAGGUAUGACUAUAAUACUUCAGUUCUUAAUUUUAGCAGGGUUAGAAGAAAGGAAAAGGCGGCGAGGAAUGGAUACCUGGAAUCUUAAACAUGGGGGAAGAAAAUCCAUUUCAUUCUCUCGAAUUUGGAUCUUGCCUGUCGCUAAGCGAUGGUUUAGGCCUCUUUUCCUAAGCACUGUUUGUUCUUCCUCAGAUGCACUUUCUCGCCCUUCUGGGAGAAGUUCAGUUCCCGAUUUGCACUGAUGACUUGCAAGUCAUAAAGAGGAACAGCUUUGGAAUUGAACUAGAAUAACUCUUGAAAACGUAACCCUCCGUUGCGGUCUUCAAAAGGUGUCCGAAGCCUCUCCCUCUUCCCUGUCCCCAAAUCCGCCUCACCGCAGAGGCCCCGGCGCCGUAAAUUUCGGCCUCGCAGUUAAAAUACCUUCCACCCUUCCGUUUCCAUUUCACAUUCCAGCUGAGGCCCCUCUCCCCGGAAUGCCAGAUGACACUUAAUAACCCGAGUCCAUCCCAGCUCUGUCGGUGUCGUAUUUCUCAACAUGUGCUGUUUUUUUGGCUUUCUUCCAGGGGGAACUAGAAAAGCUGAAUCAAUCCACAGAUGCUAUCAAUCGGAGAGAAACAGAACUCGAGGUACCAUUUUUUAAAAUGCUUUGCUGCUUUGUAUGAACACACAUUCUUCUUGUAUAUACCGUAUUUUUCGGUAUAGGGCGCACUGGCCCAUAGGGCGCACCUCGUUUUUUGGGGGGGAAAUAAAUUUUAAAAAAAUUAUUUCCCCCGCCCCAGCCCCCAGAACAGGCUGCUAUCCGCAAGCCUUGAGAGCACAGCGGGAACUCCCGCCGGGUGUGCAAGGCUUGCGGACAUCUGCCCGAAGCACGGGGCGCGCUCCAGAGCGUGCUUCAGGCUUCAGGCUGCUGCCUGCAAGCCUUGCGCGCCUGGCGGGAACUCCCUCUGGGUGUGCAAGGCUUGCGGACAGCUUCCUGAAACCUGGAGACCGAGAGGGGUUGGUGUGCACCGACGCCUCUCGCUCUCCAGGCUUCAGCAAAAGCCUGCAUUCGCCCCAUAGGGUGCACACACAUUUCCCCUUCAUUUUUGGAGGGGAAAAAGUGCGUUCUAUAGGGCGAAAAAUACGGUACAUUUUUAAGGUUGUUAUUAUUGUUGUUGUUUUUAAGAGAAUGGAAUUUGUUUGGAUUUUUUGUCUUGGCCGCUUAACGAAAACAAAACACACACACACACCAGAGAAACGGCAAAAUAAAAAUAAAAUGUCUGCAUGGACUAAGCCAGCAGACGAAGAGAAAGUAGGUCACACUUCUCCUGCUCAGACACUGAGAUUGAAUGACAUUACUUUGUACAAUGCUUUGAAUUUCAUUAGUCCUGUGAUAUCCUGCACCAAGGGAUAAGGAGUGUAGCAAUCAAAGUGGUAAUUAAUCCUACAUGUAGGUAUGCAAACAGUGCUUUUGAAUUUGGCAGGGCUCCCUCCUCCUCUCUCUCUCCCUCCUGUAGCGCUUCCGCCAACGUUUGCGGGAUCCUGAGAUGCUGCUUCGAAAUGAAAGAAAGACUUCUUAUUAUUUCUGCCAGAUUUAUAUACAGCUUAAUCAAAAACAACCUGGAAAAGUCCUAAGAAAAUGCCAAAGAAGUCAACGGGCUUUAAAAACAGGAAGGCAAAAUGAAAAUAUCAAAACGAUCGUUAAAAUGGAUAGUUUUAAAAUACGGAUAGGCCGGAUACAAUUUCGCAUCUGGAUAGGCUCGCUUGGUUUUCUUUUUUUAAAAGAAGGUAUCGAAAAAAGGAUGGCAGCGCCUGCCUAAUAUUUAUGGGUGCAGCCACACCCAAAGGUGGAUUUCUCACAAAAGCGGAACGCAUACUUGUAAAAAUCCCAGUUCCACAAGCACAUAGUCUCAAAAUGGAUAUGCUUGCGCCUCGCAACUUUGCUCAUUGACAGUCAAAAUGAGGAAAGGUUGCCGCAACAGAUAGAAAGCCAAAAAAUGUAGUAGUAUAUGUUAAGUAGGGACACGGGUGGCGCUGUGGAUUAAACCAUAGAGCCUAGGACUUGCCGAUCAGAAGGUCGGCGGUUCGAAUCUCCGCAACGGGGUGAGCUCCCGUUGCUCGGUCCCUGCUCCUGCCAACCUAGUAGUUCGAAAGCAUGUCAAAAGUGCAAGUAGAUAAACAGGUACCGCUCCGGCGGGAAGGUAAACGGUGUUUCCGUGCGCUGCUCUGGUUUGCCAGAAGCAGCUUAGUCAUGCUGGCCACAUGACCCAGAAGCUGUACGCCGGCUCCCUCGGCCAAUAAAGCGAGAUGAGCGCCGCAACCCCAGAUUCAUCCGCGACUAGACCUGGUCAGGGGUCCCUUCACUUUAUACGUUAAGUACUCUCAGAAAGGUUUGAAAAGGGGCAUUUCUCUCUCUCCUUGUGGCAGCCGAGCAUAGAACAAACAAGCCACAGAGUGGACCAGAAUGUUGGGCUGUGGAAAUAUUUCUCCUCUGCCCCUCUGCCACCAUUUUACAGAUCGGGAGAGGAUGAGCCACGUGUUUGACAGAACCAAAGGAGUAUUGGGCAUUCGCCUUAAUGCUCUUUAGCAAUCCUUGUACCGCUCUGCAUGCAAAAUGGAUGGGGCCAGCCCUACCAUUAGACAGAGUGAGUGCCAUCAGAGGGCAGCAAGUUGUUAAUUACGGGACUUGACCGUUAUUGCCAGGGAAAGGGGAAGCUUGUAGGAUUUUUCUGCCUCGGGUGCCAAAAUAUGUUGGUCGGCCUUGAGUACUCUGUGCCUCGACUUGAGGGAAAGGGCUGUGUGACAUUUGCUGCUCUGCCUCGGGUAGCAAAAUGUCUGAGAAUUGAAGCUCUAACCUACUUCAGUCUGGCUGAUCUCAUUCCUGCAAGCUACGCUUUCCGUUUUUUGGAGCACAGAACUGAAUCCAGAUGUGGCUCUCCAGAUGUUGGCAAACUACAGCUCCCAUCAACCCCCGUCGGCAGAGUGCAGCUCCCCCUACCCGGGUUAAAUUCAUGCAUCUUUCUGCUAGGAUUGGUGGUAUGAAGUGAAUCUUAAGGCAGGGAUGGGGAGCUUCAAGCCCUCCAGAUGUUUGCAACGCCCACCAUCCCCGGUUAUUAGCUUUGCUGACUUUGGCUGAUGGGUAGCGCGUGGGGCUCUUAAUCUCAGGGUCGUGGGUUUGAGCCCCACGUUGGGCAAAAAGAUUCCUGCAUUGUAGGAUCUUUGGACUUGAUGACCCACGUGGUCUUUCCAACUCUGCAAUUCUAUGACUCUAUGAGUUGUUGUCCAACAACAACUGGAGGACCAAUGUCUUAAAUGAUUUUUCUUGCUUCAGCUGCUGUUUAGAAAUAACUGUUCACGAGAUGUUCAGUAUUGUGCUGCAUAUGAAACAACAAUAACAACAAUAUCAAUUUACAUACCUGUCAGGGAACUGCCAUCGGAGCCAGGGGGAGAGGCAGGGCUCCAGAGGGAUUCCGGAGAGCGUCCCGGGAGGGAGAGAAGCAGCACAUCUUCUGGGGAAGGAAAUCAGCGUAGCACCAGUGGAGAAGGGAGGCAGAUGGGGGAAUCGGCGAGGUGGCUCCAUGACUCCUCGCUGGGGACCAGCGGGGAGAGCACGGGUCCUCCGCUGCCCACACCCUCCCUGCGCAGAAGGCUUCCGCGCAGGGAGAGUAGGCGGAGACUAGGCGUCAAAGAACUUCUUUGCUGGAAGAAGUUCAAGAAACGCCCACUGACGGAUUCUGCCAGCGAUUGAGACAGCCACAGGUGAGUGGCUGUCCGGACAGAGAAGGUUCACUCAGGCAACUCAGCCAGGUGUGGCGCCGAUUUACGCACGAGCAACCCCUAGAACCAUUACAAUACCAUUAUCAGAAGAUCCCAGGGCAGUGUACAACAUUAAAAACACAUUACAGAACACCAGUGAUAAAAACAUAGUAAGAACAUAAUAAAAUGCAUGCUGACUGAAAGCAGGUAAUAGCAUUUUGUUUUGUUGGGGGGUAGAGAGAGGCAGCAAUCAUGUAGUUUUCUUUGCUUUUCCCCUUUUGUUCUGUGCUCCCGUUUGUCCGAUAUCUUGCAUCUGUUGUUCCCUAGGCCGUUUUGAAGGAAGCAACAUAGCGCUUACUUAAAUGCUCCUUUCCUGUCGCCUGGCCUUUUAAACUUUAGCUCCCUACCUCCAGCCGAUGGUAACCGAUGUUGUCAGUCAGGGACCUGGCAAAGGAGAAGAGGCUAUUCUGGGCAGAUGUCGCCAGUUCGGAGAAGAGGUCUCUUAAUAAGUCCUCUGGGCACUGAUCUCUGCAAACAAAGGGCAAUUGAGGACACGGCUGUCUGUAAUUUAUGAAUGUUGGGGGAUGUUUUUGAGGCAGUGGGUCCCAGAUGAGAAUUGCACGAAAGCACUAAUUUGCCUCUCUCUAAUGUAUGCCAGUGUGGGACACGGAUGGUGCUGUGGGUUAAACCACAGAGCCUAGGAGUUGCUGAUCAGAAGGUCAGCGGUUUGAAUCCCCGCGAUGGGGUGAGCUCCUGUUGCUCGGUCCCUGCUCCUGCCAACCUAGAUCAAUAUGUACCGUUCCGGUGGGAAGGUAAACGGUGUUUCCAUGCGGUGCUCUGGUUUGCCAGAAGUGGCUUAGUCAUGCUGGCCACAUGACCGGCUCCCUUGGCCAAUAAAGUGAGAUGAGCGCUGCAACCCCAGAGUUGGUCAUGACUGGACCUAAUGGUCAGGGGUCCCUUUACCUUUAAUGUAUGCCAGAAUUUUGGUCAGUAGCGCCCUUGUGGGAAGGCAGAAUAGCUAGAGGAUGCAUCCUUUGUACAGUGGAACCUCGGAAGCUCAAUGCCUGUAAACUCGAACGUUUCGGCUCUCGAACGAUUGAAAACCAGAAGGGAUUGUUCUGGUUUUCGAAUGAUUUUCGGAAGCCGAACAUCCAGUGCGGCUUCUGAUUGGCUGCAGGACGCUCCUGCAGCCAAUGGGAAGCCGUGCCUUGGAAGUUGAACAGACUUCCGGAACCGAUUCUGUUUGACUUCCUAGGUAUGUCUGUACUGCUUUGCUGCUGUUUAUAUCCAGGUUACCAACCUUUCGAAGCCCCAGGACGUAGUUGGGUUUUUUUAGCGGUGCAAUGGGAAACCUCUCUCCUCCCUCCCUCCAACCAGCCCUAUUCCCAGAGGCUGAAAGAGGCAGAGUGCUCACCCUUUUUCCAAGGUAAAAGUUGGAUUCCGUCGAAUUACUCUGAGCUUUAAAAAGCACAUUCAGCUGAAAGAGGAUGUGGGAACCAGUGGCACUUUUCCAGCUUCCUCUUUCAGCUCCACGUACUUUCCAAGGGAGAAAGUGGUAACCACUGUCUUCACCUUGUCAUUGGGGUCUAUGUGAUGAUGGUUCUGAGGCCUUGUGUGUGCCAGGGGAAGAUCUCAAGGGAGCCAUGCCACCAACAGAAACCACCUUGUUUAGCUAGGCAUUCCUUUGCACCCUUUUCUGUGGCACGAGAGACCCGGAAGAGGUGGACCGAUCUCUCUACGUCCUGCUCUUUGCAGAGCCAUCGUUAUUCUAGGUCUGCAUGAAUUGUGAUCCAUCGGGCUGCAUGCUUGAUAAACCUGGCUUUGACGUCUGCAACUAUUGGUUAAGAGUUGUGGGCUAGGGCGACUCUGGUUCAAAUCCCCACUCAGCCAUGAAAUUCAGGGAACAAUGGAACAAUGUUUCACAUGUGGUGGGAAUGCCGACCUAUGAAACAAUUCUGGAAUGAAAUUUAUGAAGAAAUCAAAAAGAUGUUCAAAAUAUCUUUCAGUAAAAAAACCGGAGGCAUUCCUUUUAGGUAUAAUCACAAACGAUAUUCCCCACAAUCAAAGGAAAGUAUUCCUUUAUGCAACGACAGCUGCCAGGGUGCUUAUAGCAAAAAACUGGAAAGGGAGAAAAAUUUCAUCAAUGAAGGAAUGGCAAAUUAAAUUUUGUGAAUAUACAAAUCUGGCAAGACUCACAGCAUUCAUAAGGGGACAAUUGGACCAGGAAUUAUUAAAAGAAUGGGGAUGUGCUAAAGAGUAUAUGAAAAAACAUUGUUCUGGAGUAAGCAUAUCGGUAUGUAAUGAAUGGUGCUUUACAGGGUUAAAGAAAAAGAAAAAUGGUGUAAAAAGUACAAAGAUGGAAGUAAUCUACAUUAGACACAACAAUACAGUAAGAGUAAAAAUUUUGAGGUCUUAGAACAAAGGAAGGAAGUCAAUAUGUGUAUAUGUAUGUAUUGACUAGAUUAGAGUGAUGAUAUGGUUUUAUUUGUAGAUGUAUACUUUUUUGUCUUGUUUUUUGUUUUGUUUUCCUUUUUUUGUAUGUUCUGUUUUUCUUUUUUGUUUGUAUAGUAUUAUUUUGGAUUCAAUGUUUGUAAUUCUUGUUAUGAUUUUGCAUUGAAAAUAAAAUAAUAAUGAAAAGAAAUUCAGAGUUGAACAGUUGCACUCUCUCUCAGCCUAACCUACCUCCAAGGGUUGUCGCGAGGGGUGUUAGAAACUCAGAUAGAUAAGCCAGUUGCCACAUCGCUCCUGAAGCCAGGGUUGCAGUCGCCAAAUCAGAACAACUCGUUGCCGUUUUUGGGACAGGUGGCUCGAAAGUCACAUUUUUUCCAUUACGACUUUUUGGUUCCUGAAAUGGAUUCUGAUUGUGCAGAUAAAAUAUAAUGGAUAGAAUUCCACAGGGUGUGUUGCUGGUUAGUGUGAAAACAGUUGAACGUUUUUGAGGAUCCCCAGGAAUGCGUCUCCGGAUGGUGGGAGACAUCUGGUGCCAUCCUGGCAUCUUCACUUGGUUGUAAGUGGGUGAUAGGUAAAGGUAAAGGGACCCCUGACCACUAGGUCCAGUCGUGGCUGACUCUGGGGUUGCGGCGCUCAUCUCGCUUUACUGGCCGAGGGAGCCGGCAUACAGCUUCUGGGUCAUGUGGCCAGCAUCACUAAGCCGCUUUUGGCGAAACAGAGCAGCGCACGGAAACGCCGUUUACCUUCCUGCCGGAGCGGUACCUAUUUAUCUACUUGCACUUUGACAUGCUUUCGAACUGCUAGGUGGGCAGGAGCAGGGACCGAGCAACGGGAGCUCACCCCAUCGCGGGGAUUCGAAUCACCGACCUUCUGAUCGGCAAGUCCUAGGCUCUGUGGUUUAACCCACAGCGCCACCUGCGUCCCUUAAGUGGGUGAUAGCCAGCUGCAAAAUGUGCCUGGAGAAUUUUAAGUGCUGGUCGUGAGGAUAAAAUGCUGCUAGGGUAGGAGAACCACGAGUGCCGUUAUGACGUCCUUCAAAGAAAGGUGGAAUAUAUAAAUCCCUGCAUUUGGUAGACCACAGUACAAGACUGACAAGUCCUGUUAGGUCUGGGGAAUUGUGAGUUGUGCAGGCCUUCCUCAUUGCUACAUCUCUUACUGCCUGCGAUAGGCUACUCUGUGGCAACUUCCAGCACUUCCCAGCACAUGUGAAGUUGUUGUCAGCUUCUGCCGCUAUGUGCUGGACGCCACUUUCAGUGCGCCACGGCUCGCUUGCACAUUGAGGGUGAUUUGAGAUCCUGUAUCAAAAUCAUUGGCUGUGCAGAACCGACAGUCGCGGCAGUAUAGUUACUGAUUUGCUUGUUUUUCUUACCUAUUUUGUGUUUUCGUUUUGGUAUUUCAGUGCUGUGAACCGCCCUGAGAUCUACGAAUUAAGAGCGAUAUACAAAUUUCAUGAAUAAUGGUAGUAAUUUACAUGGUGGAAAUGAUUUCCAUGACAUGUAAAUCCAAGAAUCGGUGGCUGAUGCAUGUAUGUUCUCCUGUUAAAAAAAAACAAAGGCUUGGCUAGCAGCCUGCAAAGUCAAUAUCUUUGGCUUCCUCAGUUCUGCAAGACGAUAAAUAGCAUCCUGUAUCCUCUCUGCCCAAUUGUUUAUGGCCCCCUGGAGCGCUCGCUGCUCCUCCGAUGACUUGAAGCGUGCUGCGGUGGUCUCAGCAAGGUAGAGAGCAAAUGGAUUGAAAGGCACUGGGCUAUUGAUGGUUUUGUAUAAAUUAAUCUAUUGCUUCUUAAUGAGCCUUUGAUUGGGCUUGGUUAAAAUCCAUAACUCCGUUGGCACAAAGUGCAGAGCCCAGCGCUAAUGCUGCAGCCAAGGAUUAUGGAGGUCCUCCGAGGGAUUUUUAAUGCGCGGCUUUGUCUGGUGUUCCUGCUCAUGAUUGAAGCCUUUGUGAAGUGAACUCUCCGCUAAUACUGUUUUAAGACUGGUGAGCGCUGCUUUGCCACAUCAGCAGUGCUCUGGCUUUGUGUGUGUGGACGCGAUGGCUUUUUGAUAUGAAAGAUCUUCCCUCUGAUAGUCAGCCCUGUUGCAAACGGGGUGUGGGGGUCUCACCACCCCUUUUUAGCCAGGCCCCGGCAGGCUGGUAAAAAAAAUAAAAAAUAAAACAGCAGGGUAGUAACUUGAGUGCUUAUUUGCGAAGCUCGAAACGGAGGGCAAAGCUUGUUGUUGUUUAGUCGUUUAGUCGUGUCCGACUCUUCGUGACCCCAUGGACCAGAGCACGCCAGGCACUCCUGUCUUCCACUGCCUCCUGCAGUUUGGUCAAACUCAUGCUGGUAGCUUCGAGAACACUGUCCAACCAUCUCAUCCUCUGUCUCCCCUUCUCCUUGUGCCCUCAAUCUUUCCCAACAUCAGGGUUUUUUCCAGGGAGUCUUCUCAUGAGGUGGCCAAAGUAUUGGAGCCUCAGCUUCAGGAUCUGUCCUUCCAGUGAGCACUCAGGGCUGAUUUCCUUCAGAAUGGAGAGGUUUGAUCUUCUUGCAGUCCACGGGACUCUCAAGGGUCUCCUCCAACACCAUAAUUCAAAAGCAUCAAUUCUUCGGUGAUCAGCCUUCUUUAUGGUCCAGCUCUCACUUCCAUAGCAUGACAUGAAUUGUGCAUAAGCAGUUGAUACUGGUGGUUAAACAUUUGCAUAGCUUGGAAGGGAAAGCAGGGCUGGGAACUCAACCCAACCCCUUAGCCCUGGGAGGUCAAACUUCCAUUGGCACCAGUGCAAGUUUUCCCUUCCAAGAAUUUAUUUUGGGGAGGGUCAUUGGGACCACGAAGAGGGGAAAGGGUUAACUUGCCUGCGCUCCAUCCUGAUGCUGGUUCAGACCAAACGCAGUGUUCUCAUUUGUGGCAAGAGUUUAGUGAUGCUUUGAAUGUGAGCUGUGGCCCAUAUUUAUGUAUCCCUUUGCUGUACUUGAGAGCAUAAAGUUCACGGGCACUGCUUGUAAAUGCUGAUCUCCGAGAACUAAGACUUAGUAAUGAAGCUGUGUGUGUUUGGUGGGGGGGAGUUGAGCAGGAAAUGAUUCUUGCUCAUGCAUGCAUACUGAAUUGGGAAUAGGAAGGGUCACAGUGUGCACUUACACAUAAAUAUCUUAGUAAUCUGCAAUUCAGUUGACGCUAUGUAUCAUGCGUUUGACCUCCCAAGUUUUAUAUUAUCCUCUUCAGGGUUAGAAUCAUUGAGUGGGAAGGAACCACGAGGGCCUUCUGGUCCAAACCUUUGCAAUGCAGGACUCUCCCCCCCCCAAAUAAUUUUUUAACAUUUGAUUUUAAAAAGUAUAAACAUACAACAUAAAAUAGUUCCGAAUCCAAAUAUUGAGAUUACUCUGAAUCUCCUGACUUCCCCCCAUCCCUUCCCUGGGUCCUAACGGGAUUACUAUUUACAACUGCGUAUCAAUACUUCUCCGAAUUUUUCAUCCUAAAUUAUCCCUACUUUCCAUUACUUUACAAGUGUGGUUAAAAUCCUGCUAACAGUGGACCUGUAAAUACCGUAUUUUUCGCUCUGUAAGACGCACCAGACCACAAGACUGUUUUUGGAGGAGGAAAACAAGAAAAAAAAUAUUCUGAAUCUCAGAAGCCAGAACAGCAAGAGGGAUUGCUACGCAGUGAAAGCAGCAAUCCCUCUUGCUGUUCUGGCUUCUGGGAUAGCUGUGCAGCCUGCAUUCGCUCCAUAAGACGCACACACAUUUCCCCUUACUUUUAGGAGGGAAAAAGUGAGUCUUAUAGAGCAAAAAAUACGGUAAAUUAUAAACUUUCCCCAUUCCUUAUUAAAGUUCUUCUCUUCUUGAUUUCUGAGCUUUCCAGUUAAUUUUGCCAUUUCAGCAUAUUCCAUCAACUUUGUUUGCCAUUCACAAUGCAACAACACCCAUUCACUGUUCUUAACAUAUCAACACACUAGUUAAAAUGGAAUCCUUUAAAAGCUGACUGCAGUAAACGAAACUGACUGAGGACCACAUAUCCCCACUUAACUGGUUUUUCAAUUGGGCUGAUCCACUCACUUGUCCCGCCGUCCGUGACCUUGUAGUUUGAACCGGAAUUUGCUGCAAGGUGGGCCAGCCUGGAAACAAAAGGAAAGGGGGACGGAAUUAGAUGAUUUGUUCUGCGUUUAAGAAAACAGAAUGCUGCACACAAUGGCGAUGAAGGAAGGAAGGAAAUAUUUAAUGGCCCAUUGAGGUGGGACAGCUGGUCAAGCGCUGGGAGGUCUGCAGCAGAGCAGCUGGGAGCGACGGCAGAAUGACUCUGGAGCUUUGAGCCAAUGAAUAAGGCGCUUUGGCCAGAGUAUGUCAAAGCUCUUCCAAUUGUAGGGCAGAUGUAGCCUAACAACCACUUGCCGCGGUUCAUGUUCUUGGCAGCGUAGCGCAAGGCAGAAUUUGAGACCUUCCCUUGCGCGGUUUAGAACAGCUGCCACUGUGAUUGGGGAAGUUGUUGAAAAAUCACUGGAGAAGUUGAGAAUCGUGUGAAUGCGUCACAAACGUUAGCAACAUAGGGAGCUGCCUUAGGCAGAAUCCAUCUAGUUCAAUAUUGUUCACACUGGCUGGCAGCAUGGUUUGAGGCAGUGUCCUUCCCAGGAGAUGCUCACAGCCCACCCGUUCUCUCUGGUCUUGCCAGUGGCGUACCAUGGGUUGCCAGUGCCCGGGGCCAUGCAGAGGAAAAGACAGAGUGUGAAUGCACAUUCAGCUGCCUAACGGUGUCCGUGCCACCCAGGAGAUGGCAGCCGCAGAGAUAAGAAAAGAAGAGUCAUUCCAUUGCCUGGAGAGGUCACUUCCUGGUUCGCAUGCAGCAGCCGUUUUCAAUGGAGCCCAGUGACCGAGGCACACUGAGCUGUAUUGAGGCAGCACUGGGUGUUGAAAUAUUGCACCCCUAACAAUUUUGUGCCUGGGGCAAUCGCCCCUGUGCCCCCUGACUAGGCCACUGGAGAAUCUAUAUCAGACAGUGGCUGUGAUGGGAUUAUGAGCUGCUUGUGCGUAAAAUCGUAUUCCCUCAGAGUUUGUUCAAGUCCACAAACCUCUGUCUGUGACUGAGCCCCUCUGACAUGGCUCCUCUAGUCACUAGAAGAUUCCGACAGUGGUUGCUUUCGUAAUCGCUUCCAACAUAAAAGCUCCUUAACGGAAACACGUCUUCUGGACUCUCUGCGUGACAGUUUCCGGCGAGGAGUGGGUGUCGCUACAGGAGGUCCGGAAACCUCACCACUGUUUUCGCUGGAAGUAUCUCUGAGCCAUCCCCCAGCUCCCUUUCCCUCAGUUCAGCUUCUCUCCCCUGCUGGUUUCCUCUUCCGCUGCUGAGUCUCUUCCAACCUGUCUGAGCCCUUUCACCUCCCUCAGUUCAGCUUCUCUCCCUUGCUGGUUCCCUCUUCAGCUGCUGAAUCUCUUCCAACCUGUCUGAGUCCUUUCACCUCCCUUCCUUCCGAUGGCAGUUCCCUGACAUCCACCUCCCCUCCAGGGCCCCCUUCACCCCCUCUCGCCCCCUCCUCUACGGGCGGUGAGGAGGCAAAACCCGGAAUGAACUUCCUUCAUCUUCCGAUGUCUCGAACACUUCUCUCCACCUGUUGCGGUUCCUGGUCUCGAAGCACUCCUCCUCCUCCGAGUCCAUCUCCCUUCCCCUUCCGAUUCUGGGAAUCCUUCCAACUCCUCCUCCUCCUCAGUGGUCCCAAAGUAUUCCCUCCGGAACCUCUCCACAGGCUGAGGUUUCCGCGGGAACCUUUGAUGGAACAUUUCUAUCAAUACCUCGUCAUUGAUAUCUUUGGCCAUUACCCACGUGUUUUCUGACUCCGGUUCUCCUUCCCACGCUACCAAAUACUCCACCUGAUUCCCCUUCCACCUGGCAUCAAGGAUUUCUGCCACAUGACUGCUGCAUUCUCUUUCUUCUAUGACCGGUCCCCGAGUGGCCAUCCCUUCUCGUCCCCCCUCGUACGGUGACAGUAACGACCUGUGAAAUACUGGGUGCAGUUUCAUGUGGUUGGGUAACCGGAGCCUGAAAGCCACUGGGUUGACCUGUUGAAUGACCUCAAAGGGACCCAACCUCCUGGGUCGUAAUUUCUUACAACCUCCUUUGAACGGCAACCCUCGGGUUGACAGCCACACCCUAUCUCCAACCCUUAUGGUUUCACCUUCCCUUCGGUUCUUGUCUGCCUGCCUCUUGUAUUCUUCCUUCGCCCUUUCUAAGUUGAGUUGGAGCUGACGGUGGAUUGCUUCCAUUUCUUCUACAAAAUGCUCGGCUGCCGGUACGCUCCAUCUCUCCCCUUCUCCCCCUGGGAAAGCCCUGGGAUGACACCCAUAAUUAGCCAAGAAGGGGCUCAUCCCUGUGGACACAUUCUCGGCAUUGUUGUAGGCAAAUUCCGCCAGCGCCAACUUUUCUACCCAGUCAUUCUCUCUGUCAUUGACAUAACACCUCAGGUAUUGCUGGAGGACACCGUUUGCUCUUUCCGCCUGCCCGUUGGUUUCAGGGUGCCGGGCAGUCGAAAAGUUGACCUCCACCUGCAGUAAGCUCAUGAGCUUCCUCCAGAACCUGGAAGUAAAUUGUUUUCCUCGGUCUGAGACCACCCUCAAUGGCACCCCGUGCAACCUAAAAAUGUGUUCUACAAAUAACUUCGCUGUCUCUUCCGCCGUGACUGCAUGCGAGCAAGCUACAAAGUGGCACAUCUUUGUUAGUAGGUCUACCACCACCAUGAUGGCUGUUUUCCCUUUGGACUUCGGCAGAUCAGUCAUAAAAUCUAUCGACACUGCCUCCCAAGGUCGUUCUGGUGUUGGUAAGGGUUCUAAUAGCCCCGCCGGCGCCCGCCUUUCCCCUUUGGCUCGCUGGCACUGCUCGCACCCUCUUACAUACUCACGUACAUCCUCCCUCACCUUAGGCCACCAAAAUUCCCUGGUGACCAACCACAUGGUUUUGUGUUGCCCAAAAUGCCCCGCCGUGGGGCUGUCAUGCAACUGCUUGAGUACCCUCCCCCUUAAGUCUCCUUCAGGGAUAUACAGUGCCCCUUUGUAAUACAAAGCUCCAUUUCUUUCCUCGAAACCCCUUGAUUCCUCUCCCUCAUCCCUAAGACCUCUGAGCUUAUUCUGGGCGUAUUCAUCAUUCUCUGUUUCUUCUACCAGUUCUCUUUGUCCCACCAAUGCCGCCCCACACACCCAGCGGUCCUCUGGAAUGACAUGUCUCUCUUCGGGUGCUCCCUCCCCUCCCAAUAUUCAGGUUUGCGUGAGAGAGCGUCCGCCCUAAUGUUCUCUGGGCCUGGCACGUAACAAAUCUCAAAGUUAAAUUUGGAGAAUUCCUGGGCCCAUCUCACUUGCCGUUGGUUGAGCACUCGUGCCGUCCUCCAAUACUCUAGGUUCUUGUGGUCAGUGCACACUUGCACCUUAUGUUGUGCGCCAAUUAGCAGGUGCCUCCAUCUCCGGAACGCCUCAUGAAUGGCUAGUAGUUCUCGGUCAUACACCGUGUAGUUCCUCUCGGAUUUGUUCAGCUUUCGCGAAAAAAGCACACGGUCUCCACUCUGACUCCUCCUUCCCUGGCUGGAGAAGCACCGCCCCAACCGCUCUGUCUGAUGCGUCAGUUUCCACUCUCAUCGGUUUUUGUAAAUCCACAUGCAGGAGCUGUUGUUCCGAGGCGAAGGCCCUUUUAGUUCCUCAAAUGCUUGCUCCGCCUCCUCCGUCCAAACGAACUUCUUCUUACUGCUGAGACAGUCCGUAAUGGGCGCCGUCAGGUGGGCAAAGUUUGGGAUGAACUUACGAUAGAAGUUCCCAAACCCUAAAAACCUCUGCACAUCCUUCCUUGUUUUGGGUGUUUUCCAUUCCAGUACCGCCUGGACCUUGUCGGGAUCCAUGGCCAACCCCUUGUCAGACAGGCGAUACCCCAGGAAUUCCACCUCCUUGGUAUGAAACUGACACUUCUCCAGUUUCACCCACAGCUGGUUGGCUUGCAGCCUGCUCAACACUUCUCUGACGUCUCUCACAUGCUGCUCCUCAUUCUCAGAAUACACCAACACGUCGUCUAAGAAGGCCACACAAUUCUUGUAAAGCAACGGCCCCAGGACGUGGUUCAUAAACGAUUGAAAUGUUGCGGAGCCUGCUUGUAGACCGAAGGGCAUAACUAAGUAUUCAAAUGCCCCUAAAGGGGUGAACAUGGUGGUUUUCCAUUCAUCCCCCUUCCUUAUUCGUAUCAGGUUGUACGCCCCCCUUAGAUCCAGCUUGGUAAAAAUCUUUCCCUUCCGCACCCUUGUCAAAAUGUCGUCAAUCCUGGGCAUCGGGAAGGCCACUGGUUCUGACACUGCAUUUAAGGCCCUGAAGUCACACACCAGUCUCGGCUUGUUCGUGUUUUUUUGUCCACAAAAACACUGGGCUGCCCCCACCGCCCUGGACUCUCUGAUGAACCCUCUCUUCAGGUUCUUGUCAAUGAACUCUCUUAGCUCCUGCAUCUCUCUGUCUGACAUGGCGUACAGCUUGCCCACAGGGAGCUGUGCCCCAGGGAGCAAAUUGAUUUGACAGUCAAAGGCUCUAUGCGGUGGUAGUUGGUCAGCUUCCCUUUCGCUGAAGACGUCGCGGAGAUCUGCGUAUUGUCGUGGUACCUUCACGUUCUCCGUCACUUCAGUCCCUGCUAGAGUGGCUUGGGCCCCUGCCAAAACCCUUCCCUCUUUGCAAUGUUCUAAGCAAUGUGCUGACCCAAAAGAAACCACUCUUUGAUGCCAGCCCACCAGCGGAUCAUGUAACGCUAGCCAGCUCAUCCCCAAUAUAAUGGGAGCUCCUCCCAAGGUGGCCACAUUAAAUGCUAUUAGUUCGGUGUGCCUUGCCACCUUCAUUAUCAUUGGGACGGUCUGCAAGCUGACUUCUCCUCCCAACAGCUCCCUGCCAUCGAUCGUGGUUACCUGCAGGGGGUUGCUUAAGGGAGCGUCUGUAUCUGGUGUUCAGCUGCAAACUCUUUGCUCAUGAAAUUGCAGGAGCUGCCUGAGUCCAACAGCGCCUUUAUCUUUAGAGGGUGUCCGUUUGGCAGCUCUAGUGUCACUUCUAUCACUAGGGCGGGUUUAGGAGGUUCUGGAGUGGGCACUUUCACUGCUCUUUGGCCUGGCUGCUGUGCCCCGACAAUGGCAGCCAGGCGUUGGCUUUUAGUUGCUCCGGUAUUUUUCCUCUCUUCCCUCCACAGCUCCCACCAUCCCUUGCCAUUCCUUCCUCUGGGGGCAGACUCUGGCAAAGUGCCCUGGCUGUUGGCAGAGAUAGCAUUUCCGGGCGCCUUUUCCAUCCUUCUUUCCCCCUCACUGGGCUUUGAAACUGCGCGCGCGCGCUGUUCCGAUUUCCAUCGGCUCUGCCGGCGGGACAGUUGGCUCUGGAAUGUCUGGAAUGCGGAACUCCUUCCAACGUUCCCCUUUCCCUUCCCGCCUCUCCAAUGCUCUCGCCUCCUGGCGCGCUCCUAUGGCCAGCGCUGAUUUGGUCAGCUGGUCCAUAGACUCCGCCCUGGGCGCCCGGGAAAGUUCAUCUUUCACAGCCGAAGAAAGCCCUUCUUCAAAGAGCAUUUGAAUGGGUUCCGCCGAUAAGUCCCACCCCAAUCUGUGUAUCAGCAUGGUGAACUCAGUCCAGUACUCACGUACAGAUCGGCUCCCCUGUUUGCAAGCCAUUAACUGUCUGCGCACCACUCCCUUUUCAAUAUCGCUGGAAAACAUCAGAUCCAUGGCGCGAAAGAACUUCAUCGUGUCCUUUAGGACGUCACUAUGCGCUGCCAUCAGGGGUCUCACCCAGUCUCUCGCCCCCUUUUCAAGAUGCCCAAUCACAAAAGCCACUCGUGAUUCCUCAUCAGGGAAAUCAUCAAACUGCAGAUUGAGGGCAUAUUGCAUUUCUGUCCGAAAGCUAUGAUAGUCUUUGGGCUCCCCCCCAAAUUUCUGCACCAAUCCUGGUACCUUUCUGGCGAGCUGGGUGGCUUUCUCCCUUUGUCUGCAUCUUGAGCCCUCCUCUCCUCCAGCCUCGCCGUCUGCAGCGCCAGCUGGACCUCCAACACCCGGUACCUUUCUUCCAGGCUUGGACCCGCUCCAGCCCCUGCUUCUCCGGUUCCUGCUGGGUUGCUCAUUAUGCCUUCUCCUGCACAAGCUGCGUUCAAAGACUGUCGGAAUGCUGUGAUGGGAUUAUGAGCUGCUUGUGCGUAAAAUCGUAUUCCCUCAGAGUUUGUUCAAGUCCACAAACCUCUGUCUGUGACUGAGCCCCUCUGACAUGGCUCCUCUAGUCACUAGAAGAUUCCGACAGUGGUUGCUUUCGUAAUCGCUUCCAACAUAAAAGCUCCUUAACGGAAACACGUCUUCUGGACUCUCUGCGUGACAGUUUCCGGCGAGGAGUGGGUGUCGCUACAGGAGGUCCGGAAACCUCACCACUGUUUUCGCUGGAAGUAUCUCUGAGCCAUCCCCCAGCUCCCUUUCCCUCAGUUCAGCUUCUCUCCCCUGCUGGUUUCCUCUUCCGCUGCUGAGUCUCUUCCAACCUGUCUGAGCCCUUUCACCUCCCUCAGUUCAGCUUCUCUCCCCUUGCUGGUUCCCUCUUCAGCUGCUGAAUCUCUUCCAACCUGUCUGAGUCCUUUCACCUCCCUUCCUUCCGAUGGCAGUUCCCUGACAGUGGCAUUUCAUAUUUCUUAGUGGUAAUUCUGAGAAAGCCCCUGGGAGAGCAUUUUCAGACUCUCUGAAGAGUCUCUAACAUGAAGAUGCUCAAAAUUCCAAAGGGAGACUCCAAUGAGAAGUUGGAAUUUAUUUGCAGACUUGAUGUGAUCAUUUCUAAGCUCAACAUAGACUAGGGCGUGGCUGCAGAAAGCCAUUAUCCUUCUUAAAGGGGUCCAUGUACACAUCAGGUGCCUUCCAGAUGUUUUGGACUACAACUCCCAUCAGCCCCAGUCAGCAGAGCUUUGCCAGUUCAUCUUACAUUGGGAAUAAGUUACCCUUUGCAGUUGCACAGUUGGGAAAGGGGCUGUGUGAAUGGCUCCUAAUGUUUUUUUUUUGGGAGACCCAAAGCCUGACGUCUUGAAACAGGAAUAUUGGCCUUACUCUGACUAUUUAAACAUUUAAAGUAAAGGGACCCCUGACCAUUAGGUCCAGUCGUGACCGACUCUGGGGUUGCGGUGCUCAUCUCGCUUUAUUGGCCGAGGGAGCCGGCGUACAGCUUCUGGGUCAUGUGGCUAGCAUGACUAAGCCGCUUCUGGCAAACCAGAGCAGUGCACGGAAACGCCGUUUACCUUCCUGCUGGAGCGGUACCUAUUUAUCUACUUGCAAUUCGUGCUUUCAAACUGCUAGGUUGGCAGGAGCAGGGACCGAGCAACGGGAGCUCACCCCGUUGCGGGGAUUCGAACCGCCGACCUUCUGAUCGGCAAGUCCUAGGCUCUGUGGUUUAACCCACAGCGCCACCUGCGUCCUGAUUUAAACAUUUAGUGCUGGAUUAAUAAAGCCAAUUGCAAGCUAGAGCCUACCCAGCUUCAAAGCCAUCUUAUAUUACAGUCAACAAUUUAUUCCUUUCUACUGGGGUAAUGGGCUGUCAACAGAAUCCCAAUCCCUGCCUUGUGGGUUGUCAAGAGGAUAAUGGAGCUUCUCCGCUAUAUGAACCCCGGGAAGAGAAUAAAUUUCACUCCCAUGCUUGCCUGCCACAUAGCUGAGAAUUGAGCGCUGUGUAUCUGAAAACCUGUCAUCCUGUGAAGGGCAGGAGAAUCAUCUUUGUCUGACUUUCAGGCCUGGAAUUCAAAAUUUGGGAUAUCUGGAGGGAUGUGUGGAUGGGUGUAACAUUUGCUUUGUUGCUGCUGCUUUAAAUCACUGUGUGGUUUAAAAGGGCCUUGAAAUCCGUCUGGUUUAUCUUUCUUGAGACAGCAUGUUACAUCCAUCAUGAGAGGAAGUCAUCCUGGUAUACUGGGGACGGAAUUAUCAGCCGUUUUUUGCUACUCAAAAAUCCUUUUCUCCCCCAAGAGCAGGUUUUGUUCGUCCUUGUCUAUUGAUGUAUAUUAAAUACAGGCUAGUACUUGAAAUUAUUGGAAAAACGAAAGUGCUUAUAAUACACCCAAGUCUUUAAUUUCACAGAAAGCCCCAUCUUAUUUAAUAGGAUUAAGCUGCUCACAGUAGGGUUAUACCUAGCCACCAACGCUCCAGAAAGUACAUAUUAUGGUCCUCCUGUCUUGUUUUCCUGUCCUAUUUUUGCAGCUGCUCAAUUAUAAAAGCUGAUGUCAUCCUAGCACAUAGUUCUUAAAGAGAGUCAGAAAUAAGCUUUUAGAGACGUCGGUUAUAAUUAAAAUGUUUGCUUCACCAGUAAAUGAAACCUUGUGUUGCUAAUUAUCAUCCUUUUCUGGCUUGCUGUUGGGAUGUUAGACUGUUUGUGUGUGUGUUAAUCCUUGCAAGGAAUUGUAGAGUUGGAAAGAACCACAAGGAUAAUCUAUUCCAACCCCCUGCAAUGCAGGAAUCUUAUGCCCAAUGUGGGGCUUGAACCCACAAUCCUGAGAUAAAGAGUCUACAUGCUCUGUUGACUGAGCUAUCCCUCAGAAGAAAUGGUUACUCUACAAAGCUGGAGUUAGACAACAGCUCCAUGCUGCUUAGUGGACGAUGCCAUUGGAGAGAGAUUUCUGGGGUCCCCUACUUUGCCACCUGUGUCAGCCGGAACUUCUUUUCUGGUAUUUCUAGCACAGAUUAUGGAAAGAUGUUGCUAACAAAUACAUAGGUAAAGGUAAAGGACCCCUGGAUGGUUAAGUCCAAUCAAAGGUGACUAUGGGGUUGCGGAGCUCACAUCACUUUCAGGCUGGCAUUUGUCCACAGACAGCUUUUUGGGUCAUGUGGCCAGCAUGGCUAAACUGCUUCUGGCACAACGGAACAUUGUGAUGGAAACCAGAGUGCACGGAAACGCUGUUUACCUUCCCGCCACAGCGGUACCUAUUUAUCUGCUUGCACUGGUGUGCUUUUGAACUGCUAGGUUGGCAGGAGCUGGGACGGAGCAACGGGAGCUCACCCCAUUGUGGGGAUUCGAACUGCCAACCUUCUGAUCGGCAAGCCCAAGAGGCUCAGUGGUUUAGACCACAGCACCACCCACAUCCUAAUUAGAUAGAUAGCUAGAUAGUAAGUACAAAGUAUAUAACUAUUAUAACCUCACCACUUGUGCCAUGCAGUGGUGCAGCGUAUUUACAUCAUGUCAUGAACAGCCCAGUCAUUCUUACCAUACUGACACAACUGGGCUUCCUGCUCCCCGAUGAAUCAUGCAUCCAGCAUCUUCCUGUGCCAGGCAAAACUUUGGGUGGAGUGAAUGGGAAACUUGAGAAUGAUGUAGUCAAGCACUGAUUUCCCUAGAUAUUGGGAGGGAUAGACACAAAGCACUGGGCUCCUGUUUCUAGUGGCAACCUUGCAUUUGUUGUCAUCCUGCCUGGUAGCAGACUAAACUACAUCACAAGAGUAUUGUGACAUCAUUACUGCCAUCCCAGCCAGACUUUGAGCAGAUGGCCAGGACCCCACCCCACGGGCAGGAGCGUCCCCCUUGAGGUGGUGAGAAAGCUACAAACAACAUUCUGCUUGACGGUUGAGUUGGUAUGGCAGCUAGUGAGAUAUGGGGCAAGGCCAGCAAUCGCGUAUUCACUUGUAAUGGUAUAAAAUACCACUAAACAGGCAUAUAGGAACAGCAGGUUGUUGCAGCCCAAUCUGUCUUGUGUUUAGGAAACAUUGCACUGAGGUGACACACAUUAAACCUAGAUUGCUGUUCGUUUAAAAACGCUGGUACCAUUAAUAUAAAUUCAGCAGUGUAAAUAUGUUUUGAUGGAUGUAACAAUGGAUUACAGAAUGGUUUAGUUUAUGUAAAAUAUGCAAGGAUGUUGGGUAAGCAAAAUGAACCACCGAAAGAGAAGGCAAGGCAUUGAUUUAAGGUUGUUUAAAUGAAUAUUUUGAAAUGUAAUUCAGAAAAUUUAAUUAAAAAAUUAUAUACAAAUAAGCCUAGAUUGCAUUCCAUUGAAGGUGACACAAUCAAGUUACAAUGGAGAUAUAUAUAUAUGUCACGGUUUUUUAAAUGUCUUCUUUUUCGUUACAAAACUAAUAGUCCCCAAACAAAUAUUACAAAUAUGGUCACAGCUGAAAGGACAUUAUCAGUUAGUGCUAAGGGGGAAAAGGGCCCCAGAAUCACUCUGAAAUUUCUAAAAGUUGAAAACCCUGCAAAAACCAUUUGUUUCUUUUGAGGAAUACAGAAAUUCAUGUCCGAUUUUUUUUAAAACUUGAGAGGGUUUGACCUCUGUUCAAAUCUAGUUGGCAUCGCCGGCAAAAUUUGGUAGAUAUUAUAUACACAUAUUGGACAUUUAUCUAAGGCUUUCACUGUCACAAUGAUCUUUAUUUACUCUCCAGAAAUUUGAACGGCACACGUUUUCUUAUUUACUCCAACAGCCGUGAUCCUCAGGGUUCCUCCAUGUUGUUCAGGAUGGGCAGGCUUAGUGAACUACGAGAAUCGUCUCCUGACACCUUUUUGCUUCCCUUUGCUGUUGCAGGAUGCGCGCCAGAAAUUCCGCUCCAUCCUGGUUGAGGCUACAAUAAAACUCGAUGAGCUAGUGAAGAAGAUUGGGAAAGCUGUUGAAGACUCGAAACCCUACUGGGAAGCUCGGCGGGUUGCCAGGCAGGUAAGUCGAAAAGCCUUCGCUAUUAAGCGGGGAGGGUGUGACUCUAGCCACACACUUUAGCCUGCUUUGGAGCAUGGUUGGCAGCUUCAUAUACUGCAAUUGUUCUGCGCUGGCUUUGGUCCUGGCUUGUAUUAAGGGUGUGAUCUUGGCUUAUUCUCUCGGUUUGUGGAGCCAGAAUUCCCCGGUUUGGACAGAACAAAGAACUGGUUGCAUACAAGCCAGGAACUUUGAGCCAAAGUUGAAGGCUUGGCCCCAAUACUCAUUCCUAGCUUUAUAAACUAUAGUGAAUUAUCGUCCAGAUCUGCCCACCAAGAGUACAGUGGUACCUUGGUUCUCAAAUGGCUUGGCUCCUGAACGCCGCAAACCCAGAAGUGUUCUGGUUUGCGAAUGUUUUUUGGAAGUCAAACAUCUGACAUGGCUUCUGUUUGAGUGCAGGAAGCUCCUGCAGCCAAUUGGAAGCCGCGCCUUCAUUUUCGAACGGUUUCAGGAGUCGAAUGGACUCCUGGAACGGAUUAUGUUUGAGAACCAAGGUACCACUGUACUUUGAUAACAUCACAGUUUUAUUGUUAAUAAAUACAGUAAACGGACUAAAGUACAAAGAUUCACAAAAUGUUUAGGGGUAUGGUUUUCGAACGGUUUCGGGAGUCGGAACAGACUCCCAGAACAGAUUAAGUUCAAGAACCAAGGUACCACUGCACAAAGAUGCUGUUUAUAUUGUGCGAUGUGUAAGCAUUUGACAAAUAUCAUUGUGAAUGUUUCAACUGUGCGUAAUGGUCGCGGGACUGAUGACACCGUUUUUCUCCUUCUGUACCCUCUCCGGCUGCUUGUAAAUAUCACCCACGCGCAAGUAAACUCUGAAAGGACUUGCUGUGUUCUCUUCCCCCGUCCCCACUAAUAAUGAUCUGUCAGAUCCUUCCAAAAACCUAUCUGCGUCCCUGUGAUUCCCAGCAAUUGCGUCAGAGCACAACUAAUUAUCGGUCUUGGGAUUUCCAUCUCUUUGUUCUGAUUUUUAAAAUCCCGGAUGCGCAGAAGCUCGGAUUGUAAAUCGAUUUAAAAAAGCAUGUGGGUGUGUUGUAAUUUGAAGACGUUUGGGCGUUGCUUACUCACGGGCUUUUGGGGUUGCUAUGGAAACUGAUGGCAAGCUAAAAUAUGGAGGAGUUUCUCUCUCGCACCUUCUCUUUCUGUGGUUUUGAACCAAAAAGGAGAACAAAAAAAUCUGGUGGCAUUGCUUAAAAGUGACUGUUUGUGGCUUAGGGUGUGAAAACAAAUGUGACUGGACAUGGCUGUGUGGCUGCUUUGUGAUCAUCAUAUUGUGACAGGCUGACUGUUUUUAAAUCUCAUAAUAGUGACUGAGAUGGCUUUCUUUUCUUACCAUACCCCCCUUGAUCCAGUUUUGAUUUUAUGACCAGCAGACAGUAUGGCUAGACUCAAUGGUGCAUUGAAUGGAACAAUGAUAUUCAAUGGUGCAAUUGUAGUUAAUGCCCUCGGUUCGUUCUCUUGUAAUGAUUAGGAAAAAAGCACUCCAUCCUCAGGCCUUUCACCUUUGUGAGUCAUGGGGCCAGCUCUCAUGACCCCACAUUCUGGAAUUAUUUGCAGUGUGUGCUGAUUUCUCUUAGGAGCAGUGAGCGAUGAAGCAGUCGGGUGGCUGCGUCACAAUGGAAUCUAAGCCUUGGUUAUUACUAAUGGGAAGGUGAGCUGGGAUCUGGGCUUGUAGUCCGAGACAGGUGGCUCUUUCUAUAAACCGUCAGCUGGCUUGACAAAGCUGAAUUGGGUGGGAGCUCCUCAAAGUCAUCUUCUUACCGGCUUAUAAAUUGCUUUUCAUGCUUGUUUGUGGUCCUAGUUUGAAGGAAAGUGAUUAGGCUCGUUGACAACCCAAACAUACUUGUCAGCAAUUCUUUUGCUCCGAUCAUGUUUGUAGCUUACACUGGAGCACUGUUUGUGCAGGGUGCAGCUUGCAAAAUAAAUAAAUAAAAAAAGAGGGUGAGACUAGAUGUCCUUUGGUGGUCCCUUCCAACUCUACAAUUCUAUGAAAAAGGCUUGUGUGGCUAAGGUAGAAUAAUGAGCUGCUGCAAAAAAAGGUAAAGGUAAAGGACCCUAGACGGUUAAGUCCAGUCAAAGGCGACUAUGGGGUUGCAACGCUCAUCUUGCUUUCAGGCCGAGGGAGCCGGCAUUUGUUCACAGACUUCUUUCUGGGUUAUGUGGCCAGCAGGACAAAACUGCUUCUGGCGCAACAGAACACCGUGACAGAAGCCAGAGCGCAUGGAAACACUGUUUACCUUCAUGCCACAGCGGGGCCUAUUUAUCUACUUGCACUGGCGUGCUUUCAAACUGCUAGGUUGGCAGGAGCUGGGACAGAGCAAUGGCAGCUCACUCUGUCGCGGGGAUUCGAACAGGCGACCUUCCGAUUGGCAAGCCCAAGAGCCUCAGUGGUUUAGAGCACAGCACAUUGUUCCUGCCACACACACACACACACACGUAGUAAACCCAGCCUGUGUUGGCUAUCCCUUUGCUAAUUCCGGAGCUGCUCUUUGACUCUGUUGCACUUUUCGGAUGUUAUGUGACUGCGUGGAGAAGGGUGUGGAGCGGAAUUGCACACAAUUCAAGUUACAAGAAAGGCAAUUCUGACUAGACAUCAGGAAGAACUUUCUGACAGUAAGAGUUGUUUGACGGUGGAAUGGUCUCAUAGAAUCAUAGAGUUGGAAGAGACCACAAGGGCCAUCGAGUCCAACCCCCUGCCAAGCAGGAAACACCACCAGAGCACUCCUGACAUAUGGUUGUCAAGCCUCUGCUUAAAGACCUCCAAAGAAGGAGACUCCACCACACUCCUUGGCAGCAAAUUCCACUGUCGAACAGCUCUUACUGUCAGGAAGUUCUUCCUAAUGUUUAGGUGGAAUCUUCUUUCUUGUACUUUGGAUCCAUUGCUCCGUGUCCGCUUCUCUGGAGCAGCAGAAAACAACCUUUCUCCCUCCUCUAUGUGACAUCCUUUUAUAUAUUUGAACAUGGCUAUCAUAUCACCCCUUAACCUCCUCUUCUCCAGGCUAAACAUGCCCAGCUCCCUUAGCCGUUCCUCAUAAGGCAUCGUUUCCAGGCCUUUGACCAUUUUGGUUGCCCUCCUCUGGACACAUUCCAGUUUGUCAGUGUCCUUCUUGAGCUGUGGUGCCCAGAACUGGACACAGUACUCCAGGUGAGGUCUCCCUCGGGAGGUUGUGGGUUCUCUUGCUUUAAGGUUUCUAAGCAGAGCUUGGAUGGCUAUCUGUCAUGGAUGCUUUAGCUGAGAUUCCUGCAUUCCAGGGGAUUGGACUACAGUGGUACCUCGGAUUACAGAUGCUUCAGGUUACAGACGCUUCAGGUUACAGACUCCGCUAACCCAGAAAUAGUACCUUGGGUUAAGAACUUUGUUUCAGGAUGAGAACAGAAAUCGCUCGGCAGCGGCAGUGGGAGGCCCCAUUAGCUAAAGUGGUACCUCAGGUAAAGACAGUUUCAGGUUAAGAACAGACCUCCAGAACGAAUUAAGUUCUUAACCCAAGGUACCACUGUAUAUGGUCCUUGGGCAAUUCUAUGAUUUUAAGUGUAGAAAUUGAAAUUGUUCCAUGAUUCUACAUCCAACAUUCAUGUGUCCAUAAUAAGCCCCCACGCAUAUAUGACUGAACACAACAGAACAUCUGUUGGGUGUCCUGAAAAACCAGAAAUUCUGAUUACAUUCAAAAGUGAUUCCAGCUCUGAUUUUAAAAACUAUUCUCAACAAAAAAAUAUAUCCACAUGUUAAAAGCAGAUCCGGUCUAAAGUUACAUCCAUACCAUGCAUUUAAAGCAGGUGGGUCCCUCCAGACAAUCCUGGGAACUGUAGUGUGUUAAGAGUGCUGGGAAUUGUAGGUUUGCAAGAGGUAAAUUAUAGUUCCCAGGAUUCCUUUGGAGGAAGUCAUUUCCUUUAAACAUACAGUCAGUCGAUCGUUUGAAUCACCAGUGCCAUCCUCAGAGUCGUUAAAAUUUCACUUUUUGCUUUUUUGGAGCUUGCGGUAAACUACGCGACUGUACAGAUUUGCCCCGUCUUGCAAAAACACUUCUUGGCAAGAGCUGUGAGGAAGGAUGAGUUCUGAGAACAAAAAUCCUAUGUCUGUGAAAAUGGGGCAGAGUUGGAUUCAUGUUUGGCCGGCCGCCACGGAGUCGGUGACAAGCGAAAGAGCUGGCGUAGUUCAGCACAAUAACUGGCUGACCUCUUCUGCUGACGCAGUCGUGCUUGGUAAUCGUCGGUAGCUCAAGGAAGUUUCUUUCUUUGUCCAGAAGAGAGAACCUUAGAGACUGAAAAUAUUUCUGUGUUUCUAUAGGAAGAUCAAAAUCCACUGGAAGGUGGCGUAGCAAAGCGGCUCUGCUGUGAAGUGCAUAUAAUUGUUGAAAAUGUUCUAUUAUUAUUAUUAUUAUUUUAUUGAGUUUAUAUACCGCCCUAUACCCGGAGAUCUCAGGGCAGUUCAUAGAAAAGAUCACAACAUAUAUAAUCAGGAUAAAAACAACAACCCAAUAACAACCCCCCUGAAAAGAGCCACAUUUUAAAAGGACAUAGGAUGUCAACCAAAUCAACCAAAGGCCUGGUUAAAAAGGAACAUUUUUGCCUGGCGCCUAAAGGUGUGUAAUGAAGGCACCAGGCGAACUGCCCUGGGGAGAGCAUUCCACAGAUGGGGAGCCACUGCAGAGAAGGCCCUGUUCUUGUGUUGCCACCCUCCAGACCUCUCGAGGAGGAGGCACACGAAGGAGGGCCUCAGCAGAUGAUCUCAGGGUCUGGGUAGGUUCAUAUGGAAAGAGGCGGUCCUUGAGGUAUUGCGGUCCUGAGCCGUGUAAGGCUUUAUACUUCAAAACCAGCACUUUGAAUUGGGCCCGGAAACUACCGGUAAUUGGUAGCCAGUGCAGUCAGACCAGGAUCGGUAACAUGCUCAAACCGUCUUGCUCUGGUGAGCAACCUGGCUGCUGAAUUCUGCACUAGCUGAAGUUUCCAAACCGUCUUCAGAGGCAGCCCUGUAUAUAACGCAUUGCAGUAAUCUAACCUUGAGUUUUCCAGAGCAUAGACAACAGUGAUUAGACUAUCUUUGUCCAGAUAGGAGCGUAGCUGGGCCACCAGCUGAAGCUGAUGGAAAGCACUCCGGGCCACUGAGGCCGCCUGAGCCUUGAGUGACAGCAAAGGAUCCAGGAGUACCCUCAAGCUACGAACCUGCUCCUUCAGAGGAAGUGUAGCCCCAUCAAGAGCAGGCAAUCUCUUACCCAUCCCGUCUAGGGAACCACCCACUAACAGAGCCUCAUUCUUACCUGGAUUGAGCUUCAGUUUGUUGGCUCUCAUCCAGUCCAUUACUGAGGCAAGACACUAUAAACGCAGCUUCUCACAUUGUUGCAUAUAUAUAUAUAUAUACCCACCCACCCACCCCAUAUUUUUCCGUGUAUAAGACGCCUCCACGUAUAAGACGACCCCUAUUUUUUUUAACCCUAAAUUAAGAAAUUAAGUUGUUUAGCUUUUUUGGAGAGUGGGGGAGGUCACUUCCACCAAUCGCUCACCUGCCUGCCCGCCACUGCCGAUCGCUUGCCACAGCUACUGCCGAUCGCACACCUCGCCGCCGCCGCCACCACCAGCCCACCCGCCCACUUGCCGCAGCCGCCAAUCGCCUGCCCGCCUUUCCACAGCUGCCAAUCGCCUGCCCAGUCGCCAGCAGCCCUUGCUGCAGCCACCAAUCACCCGCCCAGUCGCCACUGCCAAUCUCCUGCUUGCUGCUGCCAUUAAUUGCACGUCCCACCCCCCGCAUUCACUAUCGGUGUAUGAGACGACACCCAAUUUUUGCCUAAUUUUUUUUAGCAAAAAGCAUCGCCUUAUACAUGGAAAAAUAUAUUAAGUUAGGGAGGUGUCUCUGCAGCUCUUGCCAAUGUGAGAGGCUUGUUUCUUCAAUCUCCUGCUGCUGCUGAUUCUAACGUCGGUUGUGAUGCAGAUCCCCCUGGAAGCUUGCAGUGCCUCCAUCUUGACCCUUUCGCUCCCAUGACCCCGUGUGAUUUAUUAGCCCCUUAGGGCCUGCACUUCAUUGCGGCCUUUCACCUCCGAGAUCACUUCAUUUUCGUUGAGAAACAUCAUUAAAUCUUGGGUGCCCUCCUGCUUUCACCAUCUUGAGUAAACUGCGGGAGCGUGACAUCAAGCUUGCACAAGAGAGCUUGCUUUGAUACUGGGUAUCUGCUCCAACGGGGCAUUGUGAUGAUUCAGUAAUAUAUACUUAUAUAUAAUGAAAAAGGAACAGAAAGUUAGGAGGAAGCUUGUUAAUUUGAUUAGUUGGAAAAAUUUCAGCUCACGUUGCUUGAUGUUGUACGGACAUGUGUGAUUGCUUAUGAUCCAAGUGAAUAUUCUGAGCGAAUGCAUUGAAUUUGGAACUUCCCCAAAACGAGGAGGAUUGGCAAUGAAAAAUGACGGAAUAUGCAGAGUUAGCGGGUCUAACGAGUAAAAUAAAAGAAGAUCAAGUAUAUAAAGAGGAAUGGAUUUUUGUGUGUGGAGUAUUUGGAAAUCAACUGUAAACAUGUGAAAACGUUAGUAGGAUUGAGGUAAAUUCAACAGUAUAACACAUAACAAAGGAAUAAUAAAGGAAUAAGGGAGUUAAAUGGAUAUAUAACAGUAUGCGGGAUGGGAGGGAAGGAACCAGGGAAGGGGAAGAAGGGAAGUCGUGAAUGAUUGAUUUAUUUGAAAGAAAGAUAUGAAUGAGGAAGUGUUUAUUUUAAUGUGAAUGUGGUUUUGAAAAAUGUAACACUGAAUAUAUAUAUAUAGAUAGAUAGAUAGAUAGAUAGAUAAAUAUAUGAAUGAGAGAGAAUAUGAGAGAAUUUGGAGCUUCAUACAGGAGGCAACACCAAGCACUGUCCCCUAGUCUCGACAGUUAGAAAGUGGUUUAAUUUCCCUUCCAACUCUACAAUGCCAUGAUUCGGUGAUCAUCUGUAUUUUAUAAGUUGUUUGCUGUUCAAGUUCUAAAUAAGAAGAGAGGUUACAGAGAACCAUGCAGAGGGCCUUCUCGGUAGUGGCGCCAACCCUGUGGAACGCCCUCCCAUCAGAUGUCAAGGAGAUAAAUAACUAUACAACCUUUAGAUGAUAUCUGAAGGCAGCCCUGGAGUUUUUAAUGUUUUAUUAUGUUUUUGUAUAUGAUGGAAGCUGCCCAGAGUGGCUGGGGCAACCCAGUCAGAUGGACAGGGUAGUAUUAUUAUUAUUAGUCAAUUUAGCUCAGUAUUGUCUAAACAAAGGCUACUGAUGGUUGACAUUUGUCAACCUUUAUUUGACCAGAAUCAAAAUAGUCUAGAAAAAGCUUUGUGCUUAACUCUGAGCUUCACAAAUCCAGUUAAAAUUUUGCCCUUUCUGAUUUUAAGUUGGUUUCUGCUAAUCAGUUAACUAAAACUAGUUGAUUGAUCUAUGGACUAAAGCGCUGAUUAAAAGCAAACUUGGAGAGGCUGAGGCUUGAACCUGGGACCUUGCGCAUGGAAGGCAUGUGCUCUACCACUGAGCCACAGCUAAUAAAGGUCUAGAUGGAUUUUACAUGUAAGUGUAUUCUGGAUGUCACUCGGAGGCCAGGACUGAUGCAGGCAUGAGACGCCUGACAAAAUCACUCCCUUUGCCUUGUUUUUGAAACCAUAUCCGCCUGGGGAGACCGUUUGGGUGACUGGGUUUAAUUGGAUUUAUGCACAGUGUUGAAUUCUAGGAAGAAUGGAAGCAUGACCUGCUUUUAAAAAGCUGCUGGAGGAAGCGAAAUGAUUUCCUGUUCCCCAAACUCUGGAACCAGAGAAGUGGUGUUGCUUUUCUAAGGCAGGCUGUUGUCUUGGUUUGGUAAAGGAAAUAUUUCACACCAGCCACUGGAGUGAUUUGUAGAGUUGCCAAAGCGCGAAUUCGCUCACUAGGUUUCCCCCUGCGCAGCCGGGUAUGAUUUUUAAUUUUUUUAUUUCAUCCUCUGGCAGGUUUGCUAUCGUGGGCUGUGAGCUGUUCCGCGUAAGCCACUCACUGCUAGGGAUGAAAAUGAUCACACUGUUGCUCUCUGGCUGUUAAAGAAACCACAUAGCCCUAAACAGGCUUUUGCCCAGCCCUAAACAGGUUUACUCUGAUGUAAGGGCCAUAGUUUGACUUCCUGGCAAGCAGAUUGCAACAUGUGGGAACUGUCCUGCACAUGUUUGCUUGCACAAAAUAACUUUGAAAUUCUGGUUUUUCCAAAUGCAAACAUCCGCAUAGUAAAGGUGCGUGGAGGCCGGUUGCCCUUGGCGUUGAGCGGCUCCAAGGGGUCAUACACCUGGCGGAGCGGGGCCCCCAGAUUGGGGCCAGGCAGGGGUGUGGGGCCUUCAGGGUUUUUUUUUAAUAAAAAAAAUGUCCCUUUAAGUUUAGCGACGACGCGCCAUUUGGCUGCCAUGUCCCAUGCAGCUUUUAAUGCCUUCUGUUUCUUCGGCCAAUUCCCAUCCUUUCUUGUGCUUAUGAGACUAUACCUCUUUUUUUAAGUUCUGGUCCCCAGGAUAACUUUCAUUUUGACCCUGUGUCCAAGAUGAAAAGGUAAAGGGACCCCUGACCAUUAGGUCCAGUUGUGACCGACUCUGGGGUUACGACGCUCAUCUCACUUUACUGGCCGAGGGAGCCAGCGUACAGCUUCCGGGUCAUGUGGCCAGCAUGACCAAGCUGCUUCUGGUGAACCAGAGCAGCGCACGGAAACACUGUUUACCUUCCCGCCGGAGCGGUACCUAUUUAUCUACUCGCACUUUGAUGUGCUUUCUGACUGCUAGGUGGGCAGGAGCAAGGACGGAGCAACGGGAGCUCACCCUGUCGCGGGGAUUCGAACCGCCGACCUUCUGAUCGGCAAGCCCUAGGCUGUGUGGUUUAACCCACAGCGCCACCUGCGUCCCUCACUGUGUCCAAGAUAGGGCUGGGCAAUUACCUGGUUUUCAACAUCACGAUAUAUCAUCAGCUAAACACUGCGAUAUACUGAUUUAUCACAUCUGAAAUAAAGAUGGAACUAUGUAGAGGCAAAUGGUAGGGUGGGUGAUUUGAAAUAAGGAUGGAGUUGGUUUUCAGUUUUGUGAUGCAUCACCAGCUAAACAUCGCUAGGUUUUUCCUGCAUUGUGAAUUUUGCAUAGUGCGCACGCACACACAUCAUGAUUCGCAAUAUAUUGCCAGGUCGAAAACUAUGAAACCAGUAUCACAAUAUGGACUUGAAACCGGUUUUGAACGCUACAUGCCCAGCCAUAGUCCAAGAAUCCAGUUAUAUAAUGGUCUGAUUUCUGCGCUCUGAAUCCUGUUUCCCAUAUCCCUCAUUCAUCUUUGAAGAGCCUGCUUUUUCUUCAUGCUUGUGAUAGGAUUCCCAAAUGUGAAUGUUUCGUAAGUGAAAUUGGGGCCUUUUUUCCAGCCGGAACACUCUGGAAUGCCAUUCCGGCCCCUCUCAGGUGGGCGCCAUUGCCAUUAUAAGAGAACAAGGGAGGCGUUCCUGGUGAGUUCCAGACCCUCUUUUUAUAGAAUAAUAGCACUGGGUGGACCUUUAAGCCUGACGCAGUCUUUGUGCGUCUGCCAGUAAUGCUAAGUACAUAACAUAUUCCUGCUUUUUUGCAGUGUGUGUGUUGAGAGAGUAAAAGCGCGGUAAAGAUAAUUUAACACAAAUAUUUCUUUUUUGUGCACGAGGGAGAGUCCAAAUGCCUAUUUCUGCAGAUGGGGUCAUGUUGAUAAGGCAGAGUUUUUGCCACAGAAAUGAUUGUGCACUGUUGUUGUCUGCUGGAACUUAAAAUAUUCCUUCCUGGCCUGUGGCUUUAAAGCGGAUAGCCUUUGCCUGCUGUCAGUUGUGAUAAGGCUUGCAUAAGUAACCUAUGAACUCUUGUUUGUGGGAAAGGCUGUCUUGGGCAAUUUCAGCUUGAAUGCUGCUCUGGCGUGGCUGUUCGGUUUGGAUAAGUUAGGCUUCCGCUAUUCUGUUGUGACAGAGUGGCAAUGCUUUAAGUUUUUUUGUGAAGCGCUUUAAGUGUUUUGAGAUGAAUAAUAUUAUAACUCAUUUUCCAAAAGACCCAUUGCUUCUGGGGCUAUUAGGAUACUUUUCAUGUAAAGGGAGAUCGCAAUUUAUGUGAUAGUUGCAUUUGCAAUGGUUGCGUAUAAAGGCAGUCAGAACAAUCCCUGGAACCGUCCUCAUCCAAGAUCUUGUAAGAUCAGGGCCAUCUUAGAGCUUGUGGGAUCUCUUGACGGCCCUGCGAGAUCUUGCCAGAGCCUCUGUGGCUGUGUUUCCCAACACUGGUGGACAACCCCCUUACCCGCUUGUGACUGGCCAAGCAGAUAGCCAGCCACUCAGGAUUUUUUUUAUUUUAAAGAUUCUUUUCUUCACUUCUCACUUCCCUCUCUGGCCCCCUAGCCUUGUGCUGUGGCCCCCCAUUUACACGAUUUUCACCUAUGGCCCCUUGAAAUAUCCGGGGGGGGGGGCAAUUGGGAAACAGUGCUCUAGAGCACUGUAAGCAAGGGUCUCUUGUCCCCUAUCUGUUUAUUUUGUGGUGAUCCACAUAAAGCUGUGAUCUCAUCAUCAUCAUUAUAAAACAAUCAUCACCAUCCCACCCAUCUGACUGGGUUGCCCUGGUCACUCUGGGUGGCUUCCAACAGAAUAUAAAGAACACAUGAGACACCUGACAUUCAAAUUUUAUCCAGACUUGUUUUUAAGAGGUGAUUUAAUUAUUGUUUGAUUUUGUAUCAAUGUUUAUAUUUGAUGUUAGCCGCCCUGAGCCUGGUCUCGGCCGGGGAGGGCGGGAUACAAAGAAAAGUUGUUUAUUAUUAUUAUUAAAACUUCCAGAUACAGCUCCUCUGGUUAGCUGCUUAAGGAAGCUGCAGGGGCCAGCCAGAUGGAGACAUCAGUUGCCAACCUGGCAGCCAGAGCUCUCCAUGUGGUUGCAAUUGGACCCCGCGCCAGUCGCAAAACGCGCCUGGCUAAUUUCGAACACUGGUUCAGUGACACAUUUGAUACCAUAGAGAUAUGGUUAAGGCUUUCUGAAUUCUGAUUUACUGCCUUGGGGAUGGGGUUCCUUCUCUUGUCUUCCUUUGUUCACUUACUGUAUUUUCGCUCUAUAAGACGCACCCAACCAUAAGACGCACCACGUUUUAGAGGAGGAGAACAAGAAAAAAAAUAUUCUCUCCCUCUCUGCGCAGCGCCCCUUCAACGAAGCGGCAGGAGAAACGGAGCCCCUUCCAUUUCUCCUCCCGCUUUGCUGAAGGGGCGCUGCGCAGAAAGGGAAAGCUACGCAGCACCUCUCCAGCGAAGCGAAGCCAGGAGAGCAAGAGGGAUCUGUGCACACCAAUCCCUCUUGCUCUCCUGGCUUCAGUGAAAGCUGCGCAGCCUGCAUUCGUUCCAUAAGACGCACACACAUUUCCCCUUCCUUUUUAGGAGGGGGAAAGUGCGUCUUAUAGAGCGAAAAAUACGGUAUAUGUUGAAAUAGUUUCUGCGGAAGUGCCACAAAGAUUUCUUGGGAAGAUGCUGGUUUGACAGUCCUCGAUGCCAGCUUUGAGGAUGAUGGAAGGAACGAGCUUGCUACUUUUUUGGGUGUGGGGCAUGACUUGUGUUUUGCAUCCCAAUACAAUGAAUGAACCGUAUCUUGCUUGAACCAUAAUAGGGAGAGGGAGAGAAAGGCUUCUUAUAAAUCGUCCUUUGUUGGGCUGUUGCUUGUGAUCUGUGUGUGUGUGAAUAAUGGAAGUUCUCUUUGUGAUCUCAAGUGAUUCCACACACACAGCCACACAGCCACACGCCUCCUGGAACUGUUUUAGGAUCACAUUUCUAGCUGUUUUUCUUUGAGGAAAGAGUGGCAGGAUAAAGGAAAGCAGGUUUCCGCAUGUUGGCCACCCCCACUAGAAUGGCAUUGGCUUCAAUGUCUUCCGUACAGUUCUGCUUGAAAAUGACCUUGAUUGUUCUGGGCCAAAGCACAAGCUGUGGGGUCAUUUUCAAUUUAUGAAAAUGAUUUCAGAAAUCAUUUUACGUUGUUAUCCAGUAACAACGCUUACCCGGGGUUCAGACCAGUGUCAGAAACGCGGGUGGAAAAGCUAGGAGCCAAAUGGUUUCUGCGACUUGGGUUGUGGGUGCCAAAACAGAAUGUCUAGUCUGGGGCGUUCAGCAACACUUUUUAUUUAUUAUUUUGAUAAGCAUGAAUUAAUACGCAAUUCACAUAAGCGACUCAUUGCUAACAUCGCAUUUUUAGCAGAAAUUGUUAAUUACAUGUUUAAUUUGGCGUUUACAAUAAAAAUAUCGGUACCGUACAUCAGUUUUCAAAACGCUCUACUCUUUAUUGUUAAACACCUUAACAUAUUGUCUGUCCUGAAGGUAUACUUCAAGGCUUCAAAGCACAUACAUUUCAGUAAAACUUGAAUGUCAGCCAGGCGGGGAAAAAUGGCGCCCAAACAUUUUGAGGUGCUCGCAAAUGGAGAAUCCUUAGGCGCAAAAUGAGCCUGGUGCCCUGCUAAUUUCAAACCCUGGGUCAGACCCCUGUUUUAUUGCUGGGCCCUAUAUUUGGUAAAGGUGUCAGGGAACUGACAUCGGAGCGGGAGGCGAAGGGGAGGCUCCUAGAUGAUGCUGGAGAAGGACCCAGCAGCAGGGGGAGAAGCAGCUCAGUGGAGGGGGAAGCAUUUAAGCGCAACACCAGGAACAAAAGUGGGCAGAUGGGGAAAUCGGAGAGAGGGCUCCCGGACUCUUCACUGGAACUCAGUGAGGAGGGGACAGGUCCUCCGCUACCCACGCCCUCCCUGCGCAGAAGGCUCCCGCGCAGUGAGAGGCGGAGGAGAUUGGGUGUCAAACAAAUCUUAUGUUGGAAGAGAUUCAAGAAACGCCCACUGACGGAUUCUGCCAGCGACUGAGACAGUCAUGAUUAGAAAGGGCUGUGCAGUCAGAAAGGUUUAACAAGGCAAAUUAGCCUAGAGAGGCACCAGUUUACGCACGAGUAACUCAUACUCAUCACAAAAGGUUAGGCGCUUUUUAAUUGUGACAUUAAUACCCCAACUUUCCUCCAAGAAGCUCAAGGAUUAUAUUCUUGAUUCUCCCCCUCCCGCUCUUAUAACAUACCAGACCCCUCAGUGGCCUGAGUUCAUUCAGUGAGCUGUGUGGGAUUUAGAUGCCGGUCUCCCGAGUCUUCAUUCAGCGCUCUAACCACUAACCCACACUCCCUGGCUGUGCCGCUCUUGGAUCCUUGAACAGUAACAUUCUCGAGAGAUUUCACGAAAAGAAGAAAACUCCUGUCGUAAAGUAGGCCAUCAGAACUUGAUGCUGGAGGAAAUAAAUAGUUCAUGCGCGCUGAGAGUUUAACCGGAGCAUCUCAAACGACAACAUGAAAAAGCACUUAGAAAAGACAACUUUAAAUGGUUGUGUCGUGUAAUAUAUUUUAAAGACAGAGGUGAAAACAGGACUUUUCAGUACCUGGACAGCUUCUCCUCCUUUGGCGAGCACUCAUAGACGAGUAAGAUUGUCUUCCAUAAACAGGGUUUUAAAAGUGAGUCCGUAAGUGACUGUGGAGGCCAAUUCUGGAUCCACACGUCCUUCCACAGUGGGGACAUUGGUUUCCGGGUGGGAGUUGAUCGCGGGGAGGGUUUGACAAGCAUGUCUUCAUCUUAGCAUAAUUCUCCUGGAGAUUGGGCAGGUGAUUGGCGGCUGGGGCAAGUGGGCAGGUGGGCUGUUGGUGGCAGCGAGCGGGCAGAUAAUUGGUGGCUGCAGCGGGGUGUGCGAUUGGCAAUGGCAAGCGAUCGGCAGUGGCGGGCAGGCAGGCGGGUGAGCGAUUGGUGGAAGUGACCUCUCCCAGCCCCCCAAAAAAGCUAAACAACUUAAUUUCUUAAUUUUGGGUUAAAAGAAUAGGGGUCGCCUUACACAUGGGGGCGUCUUGUACACGGAAAAAUACGGUAAAUUCAAAUGGCUUGGCCUUUACUUAUAAAGUAGGAUAACCAACACUGCGUAGGUUGGCAAGUCCCACCACCUAUGACAAACCAGCUCAUAGGUGGCAUAACCAAUGGCUGUUUAAGGAUUUUACAAUGAUAAUCAUUCCAGACCGGGCUGGUGGGCUGUUUAAAUAUAUUAUGUAGCCAAAGGCAUUUGGGAGGUGUAACAUACAUUUAUUCCUUGCAAGCAAGCAGUUGGCAGGGAAGCUUAGGAACGGCAAAGCCACGUUAAGCUGAUGCAAGCUGGCCUGCUCAGCUGGAGCUCUUUAGCCGUGAAUUUGCCUGAUAUUUUAUUUGCUAAAUAAUGUGCAGCUUUUCUAAAUGUUUUCUAAUGCCUCCGACUUCUGCCAGCGCUUAACGAUCUCAGGGUAAAGCGCCAAAAGCCAUCCAAAUGCAGCAAAGAGGUUUAGAAAAGUAUUUGUGAAUUUUAACAAGGGGAGGAAAAAGGAAUUAAAAUGAAGAAAGGAGGAGAGAGAAGAAGAAAAAAUUCCUUUCCCUCAUCAUGUACAGUUUAGGGCAGAGUGAUAAAUUGAUACAUCGCCAAAAAACAGUUUGAAGUCCAUAUCAUGAUACUGGUUUCAUAAUUUUUUUAACCUGGCAAUAUAUUGCAAAUCAUGAUGUGUGUGUGCUAUGCAAAAUUCAUGGUGCAGGAAAAACCGUGAAGCCAGCCAAUACCUCUACAUAGAUCCAUCCUUAUUUUAGACAUUGCAUAUAACAGUAUAUCACAAUGUUUAGUGGGUGACAUACCGCAAGGUUGAAAAUCAGAUAUUGCCCAGCCCUAAAAUACUAAGAAGGGACACAGGUGGCGCUGUGGUCUAAACCACUGAGCCUCUUAGGCUUGCCAAUCAGAAGGUCGGCAGUUCGAAUCCCCACGACGGGGUGAGCUCCUGUUGCUCUGUCCUUGCUCCUGCCAACCUAGCAGUUUGAAAGCACGUCAAAGUGCAAGUAGAUAAAUAGGUACCGCUCCAGCGGGAAGGUAAACAGCGUUUCCAUGCGCUGCUCUGGUUUAGGUGCUCUGUUGUGCCAGAAGUGGCUGUCAUGCUGGCCACAUGACCUGGAAAAACUGUCUGCGGACAGGUAAAUCAAAUUAGAAGUUUCUCACUAAUGGCAUUUAAGGAGACCAUUCAUUGGAGGGCAAGCUGAAAUAAAAAAACAAGAUGGGGAACCAUUAGGCAGAACUGAAACACGGCAAUUAUCCAUUUCUUCCCCCGCCGCACAAACCGGCACACAACUUUGGCACUGGUUUGGAAUCAAUCGGGCAAGGUUAGGUUUGGGGGGCAUUAAGUCAUCACCCCGAUUUGAUUUGUCAAUUACUCAGUUUGGGAGGCAGCACAAAACGCGGGGUUUGCGGCACAAAAUGGCUCAAAACUUGCACAAAACUUUGGCAUCAGUUUUUUUGGGGGGGGGCAUCUGAAAUUUCAGGGUCACAGGUUAAUAGAGCUCAGAAAUGAAUGUUUCUCUCCAUAAAGUUCCAUGUGUUGGUGGAGGGUCAAAACCACAUUCAGUUGCCUUGUUGUUGUUUAGUUGUUUAGUCAUGUCCGACUCUUUGUGACCCCAUGGACCAGAGCAUGCCAGGCCCUCCUGUCUUCCACUGCCUCCCGCAGUUUGGUCAAACUCAUGCUGGUAGCUUCGAGAACACUGUCCAACCAUCUCGUCCUCUGUCGUCCCCUUCUCCUUGUGCCCUCCAUCUUUCCCAACAUCAGGGUCUUUUCCAGGGAGUCUUCUCUUCUCAUGAGGUGGCCAAAGUAUUGGAGCCUCAGCUUCAGGAUCUGUCCUUCUAGUGAGCACUCAGGGCUGAUUUCCUUCAGAAUGGAUAGGUUUGAUCUUCUUGCAGUCCAUGGGACUCUCAAGAGUCUCCUCCAGCACCAUAAUUCAAAAGCAUCAAUUCUUUGGCAAUCAGCCUUCUUUAUGGUCCAGCUCUCACUUCCAUACAUCACUACUGGGAAAACCAUAGCUUUAACUAUACGGACCUUUGUUGGCAAGGUGAUGUCUUAACAAAGUCAAUAAAAGGAUACCGUUUUGUAUCUGAUCUUCUUUUGUACAUGUUGAAAUCCAUUUGUGCUAAAUCCCUGCCCCUCUCUCGCAUCUUUUAGGCACAGUUGGAAGCUCAGAAAGCAACCCAGGAUUUUCAGAGAGCUACGGAGGUCCUCCGAGCUGCGAAAGAGACGAUUUCCCUUGCCGAGCAGAGGCUGCUGGAAGAUGACAAGCGUCAGUUUGAUUCUGCCUGGCAGGAGAUGCUCAACCACGCCACUCAGAGGGUAAGAUCUGUUGCGGGCAUGCCUUGGAAAAGCUGUUCCUUUCCUGUGCCUCUGCUGCCUUGGAGAAUGGGGAGCUAAAAAUUAUUGGAAUCUUUGGGCAGGCAGUUGGAGUUGAUCAUUGUGCAGAAUAUUGGGUGGCAUGCAUUUUACAGCUGGCUCUUGCAAGCAGGGAAGAAGACACACAAAUCAUUUGCACUGUUGCAUUUUCCAGCUUCUACUACGAAGUGGGAUGAGUCUUGCUGUGAGUGUAGGUCAGAACGUUGUGUAGCUAAAUAAACUGUGCCAACAAAAAAGGAAUGGCAAGACAAACUGUUAGAGUAUAUUGAACUGGCUAGAUUAACAGGCAAUUAGAGAUCACACUAGGGGACUCGGGUGGCGCUGUGGGUUAAACCGCAGAGCCUAGGACUUGCUGAUCAGAAGGUCGGCGGUUCGAAUCCCCACGACGGGGUGAGCUCCUGUUGCUCGGUCCCAGCUCCUGCCAACCUAGCAGUUCGAAAGCACGUCAAAGUGCAAUUAGAUAAAUAGGUACCGCUUCAGCGGGAAGGUAAACGGCGUUUCUGUGCGCUGCUCUGGUUUGCCAGAAGCAGCUUAGUCAUGCUGGCCACAUGACCUGGAAGUUGUACACCGGCUCCCACGGCCAGUAAAGCGAGAUGAGCGCCGCAACCCCAGAGUCGGCCACGACUGGACCUAACAGUCAGGGGUCCCUUUACCUUUACCUUUAUAGAUCACACUAGACAAGAGUUUCAAUAAGCAUGGGGAAAAUGCAGAGAAUACUUCACAAAACAGUUCCCUAAAAUACAUACCUGGACUUGUUUUGAUUAAUGUCUGCAGGAGACUUUGUGGAUAUUUAAGUUAUAAUUAGAAAAACCUUAACCAUUAUUCAUAAAGGAAACAGUUUUUAAGAAGUAAAUAAGGAGGCCAGAUAUAGGAUAAAGGAAGUCUUUUAUUUGGUUGUUCGUAUUGUUGUAUGUUUUGCUCAUUGUAUGUUAUGUUCACGUAUAAUGAGGGUGGAUUUGUGUGGGAGGGUGGGGGUUUAUAUUACAUUGUAAAUAAAAUUCCAAUAAAAAUUUAAAAAUUUUAAAAAAAGAAUGUUGUGUCGAAUUCUAGAUUAGCUUUGCACUAACUUGGGAGUCACAAUGUGAAUUGUGUGUAGACAAAUUUGCUGGUGAAGGUGGAAUAGAGUGCCCAGCAUUGAAAUAAAGCCCUUCUCUGCCAGCUUUUUAGGGUUGUAUAUACAAGGCUGAUUUAGAUGUGUUUUGAUCUCUGAUGGUUCUUUCACACAUUUAAGUCAUCACGUGAUGCUGCAGUUAUCCAGUGAGGGAUAUGGCCAUCCCAUAUGGCCAUAUGGGAUAUGGUCCAACAUGGCCAUCGGAUGAUAGCUGAGAAUGAAAUGCUAUCAAGCCCAAUCUGCGGGAAUGCCAAGUACUGUAUUUUUCGCUCUAUAAGACGCACCAGACCACAAGACGCACCUAGUUUUGGGAGGAGGAAAACAAGAAAAAAAAUAUUCUGAAUCUCAGAAGCCAGAACAGCAAGAGGGAUCGCUGCGCAGUGAAAGCAGCAAUCCCUCUUGCUGUUCUGGCUUCUGUGAUAGCUGCGCAGCCUGCAUUCGCUCCAUAAGACGCACACAUAUUUCCCCUUACUUUUUAGGAGGGAAAAAGUGAGUCUUAUAGAGCAAAAAAUACAGUAAUUUUCACGGCACCAAAACACAAACAAACUGGAAUACAUUAAAAGCCCAAAUCCCUCUGUCAGUCUAACUCCGACGCCUGGAGAAACAUGGCUUUCAGAUGCUCAUGCUCUGACUAUGGCAGUACUCCAGAAGAACAGAGCAGUCAAAAAUACUGCUUCUUUCUGAGUGCCCUUUUUGUUUUGAAUGUGUCACGUAAAAUGAUACGAAAUGAGCUCCACUGAACAAUCUUAGAUAUGUAAUGGAACGUAAGGGAGUCUUUUUGUUGGGCCUAAGUUAGUCAAGGCUGGAGGGAUCAGAAAGUUAUGCAUGGCUUCCUUCCCUGUUUUUUUUAUUUUUGAGACACAUUAACAUUAGAAAUUGAGGCUGUGCUGAAUUUCACGGAUAGCUUUCCUCUUGCAUGUAUGUCAAAUUUGAUAGUAUUGUGAUCAAAACUGCUGUUUCUCCCCCCUCUGUCCAGGUCAUGGAAGCAGAGCAGACGAAAACCCGAAGUGAGCUGGUGCACAAGGAGACGGCUGCCAAAUACAACGCAGCCAUGGGCAGGAUGAAGCAGCUGGAGAAGAAGCUCAAAAGGACCAUAAAUAAAUCCAAGUACGUGGAGAUGUUUGCAGUGCGCAUGGAUUGACGUUUGUCUGCACAUGUUCUAGGACAGGGUUUCCCAAACUUGGGCCUCCAGCUGUUUUGGGACUACAUUUCCCAUCCUUCCUGAUCACUGGUCCUCCUCCUUAGGGAUCAUUGGAGUUGUAGUCCAGCAACAGCUGGAGACCCAAGUUUGGGAACUUGUGCUCUCUGGGGUGAUGUGAAACUCCUAGGUUUUUGAUUUAGGGCAGCUCUUUUCAAGAGCAGGUUGUUGUUUUUUGAUAAUUUUUAUUGAUUUUAACAUAUAAAUUAUAAAAUGUACCACAAAACGUAUCACUUAUACAAUCUUUUUAGACUUCCAUCAGCACCUCUGAUGAUCCACCAUUUUAUCUACUUUUUAUACAUUUCUUAACUUUAUAUUGCCUUUAAAUCUCUUAACAAAUUAUCCUUCCCCUUAUCCAUUUUUGCAAUACUUCCAACAAUACUCCUCACAAAACUUCUUGCAAACUUACAAACGUUGUCUGAUCUUCACAAAUACUUUUCAAAUAGUCCGUAAAUUUACUCCAGUCUUCUGUGAAUUUCUGUUCCCACCAGUUUCGAAUUCUUCCUGUUAGUUUGUCUAGUUCUGCAUAGUCCAUUAACUUCAUCCUCCAUUCUUCAAUUGUCAGUAAUUCUUCUUGCUUCCAUUUUUGGGCCAAUAAUAUUCUUGUUGCUUUUCAAGAGCAGUGUUAGGGGAUGGUCCACAGAGGCCCCAAACAUGCACUCGGCCCUAGAUUUCCAACCUCUUCUCCCUACUCCCCCCCUUUCUUCUUAUAUUUUGACAAAGUAAUAAUCAUACAUAAGAAUAAAAAUGUGCAGCCACCACCAAGACCAUUCCAUUGUAACUAUCCAACCUCCCAGAAUUUCAACACCUCUUGCGAUGGUUUGACCCCUUUCUGUUUUAACAGUACAAAUUCUACAAACACCCACCAUAUUUCCUUAAAAUCAUUCCUCCUGCAUGUUCCAUGGCACCCAUUAAUUUAUCAUCAAUAGCUGUAUCCCACACCUCUUUAUACCAUUCUUCCAUUUAUAUUCUGCUUGCCCCUUCCACUUCCUAGCUAUCAUAAUUCGCGCAGCUAUCAAUAAAUUUGUGAGCAAGUCCUUCCUAGCCUGUGAUUUCUGUUAGCUCCUUAAAUACCCUUUUCCCAAAAAAUUGUACAUAUUUACACCCCCACCACAUGUGAACAUAAUUCCUGGUUUCCUGACAUCCCCUCCAACAUAACACCAAAUAUUCCUUGUUUAUUUGAUUUCAUCUGACUGGUGCUAAAUACCAUCUCCAAACUUAAUUUAUAAUACUUUCUCCCCACUUCUGAAACUUUGUGUUUUGCUUUCCCUCAGAAACUUGGCCAAGAUUUGCAUGUCUACGUAUAAAAAGUAGCGCCUGCAAAUUUUGUGUCGUGGGUCUGCCUUGAGCCUAGCAACGCCCCAGGCUCUUUUCCUAUCUGCAAACCCUCAAUUGGGCAUUUCAGUUAUCAGGUGUCCAACACACAUCUGUACCGCAAGGCAGGACCAUGUGACCCAGCCAAAUAAGAUAUGCAGGUUGGAAGCAAGUGUGUCUUAACGGCGAGUACCGUAUAUACUCGAGUAUAAGCCGACUUUUUCAGCACAUUUUUUAUGCUGAAAAAGCCCCCCUCGGCUUAUACUCGAGUGAGGCGGGCGGCGGUGGCGGUGGGACGAGCCAUGUUCUCCCAACCGCGGCUCCUAUGCCUGCUCUUGCGAGCGGCAGAGGCGGCGGUGUCCUUUCAAAUGAUUUCUCAUGAACAGCCUCCACAGAUCUUUGAAGGGAAGCUUUUCAUUUUCCAUGCCUCUUAAAAUGGCAAAAUGGAUUUUGGAAGUACAGUGGUACCUCGGGUUAAGUACUUAAUUCGUUCUGGAGGUCCGUUCUUAACCUGAAACUGUUCUUAACCUGAAGCACCACUUUAGCUAAUGGGGCCUCCCACUGCCGCUGCGCCACUGGAGCACGAUUUCUGUUCUCAUCCUGAAGCAAAGUUCUUAACCCAAGGUAAUAUUUCUGGGUUAGCAGAGUCUGUAACCUGAAGCGUAUGUAACCUGAAGCAUGUAUGUAACCCGAGGUACCACUGUAUCAGGCAACAGGUCCCUCAGCAGUUAAUUGAUAACAAAAUGCAGUAGCCGUCUAGGGACUGGCUCCUACGUGGGCUGCGGAACACCUCAUAAUUAGCUCAUUUUCACUGCCUGCAGCAAGCUGUGUGCAUGUCUCUUCUUAAUGUUCUUUCAAUCUGCGAAUGAGACAGAAUCCAAGGUUUUUUUCCUUAAUAGUAAAAGAGGCUGGAUUCACGGAAGAAACAAGGCAGCAACUUCUCUUUGUGUAGAAACUGUACCAGAUGUUGUUUCAGACUGCAGACCUUGCUUUUCCGUUUUUAAACCUGUUUUCACUUGACUGUGUAGCUCCUCGCCAGCACAACUUGUUACAUAAUCCUUGCCUAAUUUACCAGUAGCCGCUGCGUUUCCCACCCUAGGCUUAUACUUGAGUGAAUAAGUUUUCCCAGUUUUCUGUGGUAAAAUUAGGUGCCUCGGCUUAUAUUCGGGUCGGCUUAUACUCAAGUAUAUACAGUAAAUGUUAGUCUAGAGGAGGGACUGCAGACUUGCUCUAAAUAAUCCAAGCAAGCAAGCCAGUCCUAUUAGACCUCAUAUACUUCCUCUCGGUAUAUGAUGGUGUGUCAAAGCAAGUGUAAUCCCACCCUUUCCGGUGCUUUGUCCUGUCCUUUUCCUGUCCCUCAUCCCAGUAUUUCUCAAACUUGUUGCGACAACAACUCCCAUCAUCCCUAGCUAGCAGAACCAGUAGUCAGGGAUGAUGGGAGUUGUGGUCCAACAACAGCUGGGGGCCCAAAUUUGCGAAACACUGCACUCAUCCCCCCAAAAUAUGACCUUCUGGAGAAAGCAGGUUUGUUGUGCAAGUCCAAUCACCUAUAGUUUUGCUACCCGAAUUUGCCAAUAUGCGAUGGAACCCGAUUUUUCCCCCAGCUAGAACUCACCAAAACUCAGUUCUGGCCCCUCUCAGGUGGACACCAUUGCCAUUAUAAGAGAACAAGGGAGGCGUUCCUGGUGAAUUCCAGCACCUCUUUUUCUAGAAAAAGAGCACUGGCCAAGAAUGAUAAAAUCCAUUCUCUCCUCCCUCUCUGUGUUCUCCUUACAGGCCUUACUUCGAACUCAAGGCGAAGUAUUAUGUACAAUUAGAGGUAUGUAUCAAAUACAUCUUCCAGGAGUGACUGGCAAUCUGUGGCAGAUCUGUUGCAAAUCACGACUGCAGUUGAUGCGUUUCAGUGAAAAAAACUUGUCUGUAUCCUUAAUCAUGUCCUAUCGUAGGGAUGAUAAUAAUAAUAAUAAUAAUAAUGAUAACAACAAUAAUAAUCUUGUUUGGAUUUAACUACAAAGAUGAUGGUUGGGAAACGUCAUGCAAAAACAGGGGCCCUAUUCAGGCUUUCAAAACCCUUGUAUAAUUUAAAACUCUAAAUGGGGGGAGAGGGGAGAGAAGUUGUAGCAUCUGAUUUAUUGAUUGAUUUUACUUAUACAGUGGUAUCUCAGUUUACGAACUUAAUCCGUUCCGGAAGUCUGUUCUUAAACCAAAACCGUUCUUAAACCGAGGUGCGCUUUCCCUAAUGAGGCCUCCCGCUGCCGGUGCGCCUCCUACCGUUCAGAUUCCGUUCUUAAACUGAGGUAAAGUUCGCAAACCGGGACACUACUUCCGGUUUUGUGGAGAUCGUAAACCGAAUUGUUCGUAAACAGGACUGUUCUUAAACCGAGGUACCACUGUAUGCGCUCAAAGCGGCUUACCAGCAAACAUUUGAAACAUCUUCGCGGUGGCAGUUGCAGAAGAGGGUUCUACAAUUCCAUUCCUAUAUGCCGGGUUGAUGGCGUUGGAAUACAGUUCCCAUCAGGAUCAGCUGCCAUGGUCUGGGUUGGGGGGUUAAUGGGAGUUGGAGUCCACCAAUCAGGGGGGCCACAAGUUCCCCAUCGCUGGAGUGGAUGAAGUUCUUUAGCUGGACUUUAAUCUUCUUCUUCUUUGGCGAUCACUCGUAGCCGAGUAAGAUUGUCUUCCAUAAGCACAGUUUUAACAGUGCGUUCAUAAGUGACUGUGGAGGCCAAUUCUGGAUCCACACGUCCUUCCACAGUGGGGACAUAGGUUUCCGGGCAGGAGUUGAUCAUGGUCAGGGUUUGCCAAGUGUCCCUUCCUUGUAGUACGUUUUCCCCUUGCGUCCUGAGUUCGAGUGUCUUCAAAGCCCAUGACACCUUUGGUAAUCCUGUUCUCCAAUUGGAGCGCUUGCAGGCCAGCGUUUCCCAGUUGUCAGUGUUCAUACUAUAUUUUUAAAGAUUUGCCUUGAGAGAGUCUUUCAACCUCUUUUGUUGACCACCAGCAUUACGCUUUCCAUAUUUAAGUUUGGAAUAGGGUAGUUGCUUUGGAAGACGAUUAACAGGCAUCUGAAGAACAUGACCAGUCUGACGAAGUUGAUGUUGAAGAAUCAUCGCUUCAAUAUUUCUGCACUUAACAUGUCUCUUCCACUUGUUUCAUUAGCAAUUGAAGAAGACCGUAGACGAUCUGCAAGCAAAGUUGGCAUUGGCCAAAGGCGAAUACAAGACAGCUUUGAAAAACUUGGAGAUGAUCUCUGACGAGAUCCAUGAGAGGCGGCGAGCCUCAUCCAUGGGACCCAGGGGAUGUGGCGUGGGGGCUGAAGGCAACAACACGUCGGCAGAAAACCUUUCCGUGUGCAAAUUAGAGCCGGAUAAUAUCUCCAGUAAGUAGAAGGAAAUAGCUGUAGAGUUUGCUCCCUGUCAAAGACAACUAUUCCACAAUGACCUUGUGGCGCUUUGUGCAAUUUGGUUCUAUCCACUGGCUCGGUGUGGACAUUGGGGUAAACCAUGGUUUAGCACGAUAAGAACAAGCUUCAGUGACCCUAAGGUUUGCUUGCUUCCUCCUUCUCCGGUGAGGCUACAAGGAGUUUGGGAGCUUCCCCUUCCAGUUUGGAUUAACUGCAGCUUGUUGUGUCAUCCAAACACUACAAAUUGUGAUUGAUUGUUGGAAACAAGCCAGCUUCAGACCAUGGGUUAUGAAGCUGCCCUGUUUAAGCCAGCCAUAGCUAACCUUAACCAUAGUUUUGUGUGCUGAUGACACACUAAAAUGUGGUUUGUGGGAACUGGAAGAAAAAGCUUCUGAAUUCUUCUUUACCACCAUGACAGAGAAGAGGGGAAGCAGGAGGUAUGAGUACUGCAGCAGCAACUAAAUUAUGGUUUAGCCUAAUACACAAAUGUGGCCGUAGAGAGCUAGUGUGGUGUUGGGAUUAGAGUGUCGGACCAGGAUAAGGGAAACCUGGGUUCAAAUCCCCACUCAGCUGUUACCCUCUUUUUGCAGCUUAACUUACCUCUCAGGCUUGUUGUGAAGAUAAAAGACGGGAUAAACAUGUAAUGAAGAAAAACAAAAUAUAAGCGAGCUAGAUGUUAUCGCAUUCAAACUCCAAAAGUUCUCUGCCUCAAAAACUUUUAUGAAGCACGGAACAACACAUUGCGGUCUGAGAAGAUUGUACCCCAGGAUACAACAUAGGGUUUCUUCUCUGGGACAGAGAUUGAAACAACAUUGAAUACUGUACACUCGGGAAGGUCAUUAAUUAAUUGUGAAAUUCUGAACUUCUUGCAAAAGCUUGGAAACAUGGAUUGCCUUGUCUCUGAAACUUUAAUCAGUCAGUUUUUGUACCGUUCUGUGGACCUUGGGGCCAGUAGAGAUUCUUAUAGCAAGCUUGAAGCUGUCUCUCUAUGUGUGAUAUGUGUUCAUAAAUGAUUCAAUUUUAAGCACCGAUUUUUGUAAGAAAGAACAAAUAAUGUUGCAACACUCAUUUGAAGGGUUCUGGUUUGGUGUUUUCAUUUUUUAAUUGUGUUAGCUUUUCUCUACUUUGGCUGUGAUUCUUGCUUACGCUGAAUUUCCGUUAUCCCUUUAACCAUGUAAAAAAAAUAUAUCGUAUUAGUCAGUUAAAAAUCCUUGCCUGAAAUACAGUUUGAGCCUAGGCCAGCGGUUCAUCCACCCUGACCUCAGAGCACCUUCUCUCGCUAUGUUUUGUAUUGGAGAGUUACUAGAAGACAAAACACAUACUUGUGGCAGAACAGUGUUGUUUGUAGGUCACCACAGCAACUAAACACAGCACGGAAAGCUCUGCAGCGUUGACCCUGAAGGACCCACAUCUGUUAAAGCCAGCCGCUUUCCCUUUUAAAAUAAUGGAAAUGGCAACUGGGAAGGGAUUGAACCUGCUGUGUUCAGAUGAAUCACCGACUUGUCUCGGGAUAUGAAGUAUCGUUCCCACCCAAACUCGUAUUUAUUUAUCGUUAAUAAAUAAUAUUCCCCAUUGUGAAGCCUGUGGCUUGCCUCCCGCAGUUUGGUCAAACUCAUGCUGGUAGCUUUGAGGACACUAUCCAACCAUCUCGUCCUCUGUUGUCCCCUUCUCCUUGUGCCCUCCAUCUUUCCCAACAUCAGGGUCUUUUCCAGAGAGUCUUCUCUUCUCGUGAGGUGGCCAAAGUAUUGGAGCCUCAGCUUCAGGAUCUGUCCUUCCAGUGAGCACUCCGGGCUGAUUUACUUAAGAAUGGAUAGGUUUGAUCUUCUUGCAGUCCAUGGGACUCUUAAGAGUCUCCUCCAACACCAUAUUUCAAAAGCAUCAAUUCUUCGGUGAUUAGCCUUGACUGGGUAGACUUCAGAAAACCAGCAUCCGUAUACUGUUUGUAACUAUUGCCCUUGAGAGGACAGGGUUCAUAAACAAGAGGUGCAGGCAGAUGGAGGACUUGGAAGAGAAAUCCUCCGUCUAAUCAGAUUUUGCUCUCUGACUUUUUUUGCUCUCCGAUUUUGCAGUGGCUUCCGAAGUAUUUGAGGACGACACCUGCAACAGCCUUGUGUCCGAAGACGACUCUGAGACCCAGUCCGUAUCCAGUUUCAGCUCUGGCCCGACAAGCCCUUUUGAGACGCCAUCUCAGUUUCUCCCCGUGGCACGGCCUAGGAGCCUGGAUCUCUCCAGCCCCAUCUCGCUGUCUGAAUUUGGCAUCUUUCCUCUACUAGGACCUCGCAGUGAAUGCAGCGGGGCUUCCUCUCCUGAAUGUGAAAUUGAAAGGGGUAAGCUGGACCAGGCUAGGGAUUAUUAGGAAAGGGAGCAACAGGCUUGAAGGUCUGGGGGGUGGGUUUGUUCAUUUCUCCCCAUCUUUCCCCCCUGCAAAUGGAGCAUGUGUAACCAAGUGCAUCUAUGAGACAUUCAAAGCUGGGACGCGGGUGGCGCUGUGGGUUAAACCACAGAGCCUAGGACUUGCCGAUCAGAAGGUCGGUGGUUUGAAUCCCCACAAUGGGGUGAGCUCCCGUUGCUCGGUCCCUGCUCCUGCCAACCUAGCAGUUCGAAAGCAUGUCAAAGUGCAAGUAGAUAAAUAGGUACCGCUCCGGCGGGAAGGUAAACAGCGUUUCCGUGCACUGCUCUGGUUCGCCAGAAGCAGCUUAGUCAUGCUGGCCACAUGACCCAGAAGCUGUAUGCUGGCUCCCUCAGCCAAUAAAGCGAGAUGAGCGCCGCAACCCCAGAGUCGGCCCUUUACCUUUACCUUUAAGCAUCUUCUAACCCACAUAAAUAGGGUGGGACCAAAGCCCAGCCUUCCUCUGCCCUUAAAAAUCUCUAAUAAUACUUUUAUUAUUUAUACCCUACCCAUCUGGCUGGUAUUCUCAAAGCUCUCACCCUUCAGCUUUCUAGCUGUCGUGCUGCAAAGUACAUCAAGCUUAGCCAGGAACAAGUUUAAUCUGUAACUUGCACCCUUCCCUACACUUGAAGUGUGAAAUCAUUCUGCGAAUGAUUCCUGCUUCCUGAAGCAGGAAGUUCAUGCCUGGCUGAAGGAAAAUUCCAGAGUUUCCAGUUCCAAAGGUGACAGACCAGUCUUGCACAGCGAGGGGUUUCUGAUGAGCGUAGAGCAUUUUUCACCCAAAGACGAUAGUGCUUGUAUCUUAAAAUACCCUAUUUUUCGCCCCAUAAGGCGCACCUAGUUUUUUGGGGGGGAAAUAAAGAAAAAAAAAUUUAUUCCCCCCCCCCAGGCCCAAGCUUCCCCUGACCCCAGCCCCCAGAACAGGUUGCUCUCCGCAAGCCGUGGGAAGGCUCCCGCGGCUUGCGCAGCUACCCGAAACCAGGGGUGCGACUGCUCAGCGCGCCCCAGUCUUCGGGAUGCAGGCAGCUCUCCGCAAGCCGUGGGAGCCCCGCCGGGACGCCCCCGGGCUCCCACGGCAGGUGGUUAGCUUACAGAAGCCGGGAGAGCGCGAGGGGUCGGGGCGCACUGAUGCCUCUCGCUCUCCAGGCUUCAGCGAAAGCCUGCAUUCGCCCCAUAAGACGCACACACAUUUCCUCAUUUUUGGAGGGGAAAAAGUGCGUCCUAUAGGGCGAAAAAUACGGUAAGUCACCAAAAAUCGGCAGCAAAGAGUCAAAGCUAACAGCUGUAAAUAAAGCUCAUGGGAUGUGGUGGUUGACGGGUUUAUUGUUGCUUGAAGAAAUGGAAAGGAAUACCAAUGUGUUUUUUUAACAAAAUGUGUGCUACCAGUCCUAGGGGAGAAUAGUGCGAGAGAUGUAGGAGACUGUGGGUAUUACGACUCAAUCUUACAGCUGUGUGUGUGUGUGUGUAUACACACACACACACACACACACACAUACACACACUAUAGAGACCAUGCUGUUGCUUUCAGAGAACCUUCAGCUAAAAGGUUAACAGUAUUAUGUUAUAAUAAGGUAAAGGGAACCCUGACCAUUAGGUCCAGUCGUGGCCGACUCUGGGGUUGGGGCGCUCAUCUCGCUUUAUUGGCCGAGGGAGCCGGCGUACAGCUUCCGGGUCAUGUGGCCAGCAUGACUAAGCCGCUUCUGGCGAACCAGAGCAGCGCACGGAAACGCCGUUUACCUUCCUGCUGGAGCGGUACCUAUUUAUCUACUUGCACUUUGACGUGCUUUCGAAUUGCUAGGUGGGCAGGAGCAGGGACUGAGCAACGGGAGCUCACCCCAUCGCGGGGAUUCGAACCGCCGACCUUCUGAUUGGCAAGUCCUAGGCUCUGUGGCUUAACCAACAGCGCCACUCGCAUCCCCUAUCCUUUGAGCAGACCCACUCAAAUUAAUGGAGAUGACUAAAUUAAGACCAUAAAUUUAAGUGGAUCGACUCGUGAGUAGAAUGUAGGUGGGUACAACCCUUAUUCGCCAGCAUCUUGAGGUAGGGGUGGGAGACCCAUGGCCAAUCAGCAUAGACGGUACUGAGCCAGCUGGACCAAUGGUCUGACUCGAUACAAGGCAGCUUCCUAGGUUCUGUAAAACCCACCUCGUUCCAUGAUUCACACUGCUGAACCUUUCCAUCUCGUCUUCGCAGGGGACAGAGCAGAAGGGGCAGAGAACAAGGCGCUUGACAAAGCAAACAAGAACCGGAACAGCCACUCCUCUUCCAGUGGCCCUACGUUGGACAACCGGAUGAAGCAGCUGUCUCUCCAAUGCCUGAAAGUCAAAGAUGGGAUCUGCGCAGACAGAAAAGUAGUACAAAUCGGCUGAGGUCGACGUCCCCUCGGAGCGAAGGAGGAAGCUAUCGAUUAAUUUAUACAAACUUCUCUUCUGCCUGCCAGAAGAACCUUGUGCCAAUAACUAUUUAAUACAUGCCAAAUCUUUUAAGCAUUUACUCUUUAGGAAACUGCACUGAGAGUUCCAUCGGCGUUGAGGGCUGAGGGUAUGCGUUUCGGCAUUUUUAUUUUAGAAAUGCAAGCAAAGUCUUUCGCCGUGACGGAAACCGGUCAAAAGAAACCUCUGUGCUUGUCGGACUUCGCAGCCUUUGCAAGACACUCUGGUAGCAGUUUUGGCAGAAGCAAUAACUAGUUGCGUUCCGCGUAUGGAGUUCUGUGCCAGUCGGGAAACGGAAGACCGAACCAAACAUUUAGGAGGAGCAGCCAGUGUCCAUUUUGUAGGCAAUGCCCGUUUUUUGAGCCGAGCUGCUGUUUAGACCAGCGGCCUAGCCUUCUACUUUAAACAUCUAUAUUUAUAUUUUGGAUUAUAAAAGGAUACUGUUGCAUGUGACCGAGUCUAGAAACCUUCCCUGAGUCUCUAGACCUCAUAUAUGAUUAAAAAGUAUACCUCAAGGGUAACAUAAAUAUGUUGUUAAUAUUGAUGCACAGGCCUUUUCUUAGUGUACCAUGUUUCGGAGAUGUCCCAAUUAUUACGGAUCCAGUAAGAAAAAUGAAAUGUACAUCGGAGCUGUUACAGACGACUUUCUCUGGUAUGGCUGGUGUCCGUUGCUAGGUGGGAGCAGGAAAAUAUUAUUUUUACACCUUGGGCCUACCAAGCUGGAAGGGGGAGUUUUCCUGCAUGAACAGAUGGUCUAUUUGCCAGUUAGGGGUUUAAGGGGAUGAGUGAGUACUUCUAAAUAUCGCUGUAGGUUGUCAUGUUAUAGGGUUUGUAGAGUAAUUAAAGGACUUAUAAAUUUAGCAUCCCUCGAGGGAAAAGAAGUCGAGUAAGAUUGGGAAGGGUGUCAAAGCAUGUUCAGCGACAGCUGUUACGCAGUAGAGAUGUCGGGUAGUUAUGCUAAUAAGAGGUAGUUAAAAUCAUAGGACUUUUGUUUUGGUAGUUAGCAUUUCUGAAACUGACAUAUGCCAUUGCUAAUAAAACUUACUCGUUUCCUUGGCUGCCCAGUCCUCAGAUUUUCUGUUCCUUAGCUUAGUUCUGUUGUGUUUUUUGUCCCCAACUACAGUUUCGUGUAGCUAUUCUGAAAACAAAUGUACAGUAUAUAUAUAUACCCUUCGCACUACAGUGAAUGUUCCUUUCACUCUUCAGUUUUGUUUUCAUGUGCAGUAUGGUUCUGUUGAAAGUGCUUAAAAUUCUUUUAGGGAAGCCUUUACAAAUUUGUUCCCCUCAAUAUACAGACAACUUCCAUUUGUGCGUUUGGCUUAUGUUUCGACUGAGGAAAUGAACUCUGUGAGUGCCAAAUGGAACGGUCAAUAAUAAAGCGAAAACUAAACAGUUGUCGUGUGUGUUUUCUUUUUUUCUCUGAUGCACGGCAAGAUUCAAGCUUGGAAGUCAGAGCGAAGGGUACAAUUGUUCGUCCCAUUUGUGGCACAGUGAUAAAUAGUAAAAAGAACACCACCAAAAGCUCUGGAUUUAAUAUUAUUGUGUGCACCGUAGACUCUUCCCUUGAGCACCCAAGUUGCAGGAUUAAAAAGCAUUUCAGCCAUUUAAAAAUAAAUAUAUAUCCCAGACAGUCCCCUGGCCUCAGGCUCACUAUGUUAAAGAGACAUGACACAAAAGGAAAAGCGGUUAGGAGGGAGGAAAUAAAAAACAAGCUCAGCCACAAAUGCUUCAUCACACAAAUGCUGUCAAUGGAAAAAGUGACAAGUGUGAUGCUGUAGGAUUCUGUCCUGGGCCCGUCAUUGUUCAACAUCUAAAAAAUGACUUGGAUGAAGGAAUGGAGUGGACGCUCCUCAAAGUCACAGAGAACACCAAACUAGCUAAUGAUGUGAGAAGGCUUCCUCAACCUGGGCCUCCAGAUGUUUUUGGCCUACAACUCCCAUGAUCCCUAGCUAGCAGGACCAGUGGACAGGAAUGAUGGUAACUGUAGUCUCAAAACAUCUGGAGGCCCAAGGUUGAGGAAGCCUGUAAGACAAAAUCUGAAUUCAAAAUGACAAUGGGUUGGAGAACUGGGCCCAAGCUAACAAAAUGAAUUUCAACAGCGACAAAUGUCAGGUUCUGCACUUGGGGAGGAAAAACCAGAGGCACAAAUGUAAGAUGGGAAAUACCUGGCUUAAUAGCAGUACAUGUACAAAAAAUCAUGCAUUGCCAUAAACAAAGGAUGAAUUCUUGUUAAGUCCCUGUGCAUAUAAAUCCCCAUCAUAUGUGUACCUAUAUGUACACACAACAAACUCCAUAUAGAAUCCAUUUUUUGGUACUUACAUAGAAUAUUCUUGCAUGUAGUCGUCCUCUAAAGAGUCAAUUAAAUCUGUUGCCUUCUGUCUUUUUAUUACUGACUUGUUUGCAGUCAGGGCUACAUCUGUAACUUUCAUCUUACUAAUUGCCUUGCAAAGCAGUUAAGCGGAGUUCCUGAUAAGUGCACAGCGUGUUUCAAUUCCCCCUAGCCUAGCUGGUCGCUCACAGAACAGCAAUUACAAGGCACCCGAUUUUGAUUUCCUUUUCAAAGGGAGCUACCAGUUGAGAUAAUAGCAAAAGCAACGUCAUCCUGUUGAGUCGCUUGAUAACAGGGAAGGAGCUGCCUUGCGUGGGCAUUCAUUUUCUUGAGAAAAGCAAAAGUUUUUUUUAAAAAAAAAUUCAGGCAGAUUUAGCUGAAAACAAACUAGGGAAAUGGAUUUUUAAGUCGCGAAUUGGGGAGAAAUAAGCAAGGCUUGCUCCAGCCCCUUCUCCCUUUGGCCUGAAGCUGCUAUUUCUCCAUUGGGAAUGCCAAGAGUCUUUCACAAAUUGAACUUACCAAUAACAAAAGAGAGCCUCGUCCUCUGUGCUGUAGAUGGGAUGGAGAACCUGCAGCCCUGCAAAUGGGUGGUGGGACCACAACACCCACCGUCCCAGACAUGGGUGACUAGGGCUGAUGGGCGUUGGGUGCCCAGCACUAUAGAAGAGCACAGUUCCCAGCCCUGCUUUAAAGAGAAAUGGGUACAUCUCCAAAGCCCUACAUUUAAGGGGGAAAUCAGCUAAAGCUGGGUGGAUUUGAUUCAAAUCAAAUCGAUUUAAAUCACUAGUCAGUAAGACCUGAUUUAAAUCAUUUUUUUACAGAAAGACUCAUUCUUGCUGGUAUAAUCUUAAUAUUUACAACCAGCUGAAGGUUUCAUUUUUGGAACAAUAAAUUUUCAGAGUAGUUUUUACAGUUAUAUCAAAAAUUAUACUGAUUUGGUUAGACUAUUAGAAAUACACAGACAGGUAAUUAUGAAAUGUAAUUGUUUAUAUUUGGACAACUUUUCUGCUGUACUCUAUUGGAAGUAGAAAAAUAAUCAUUUCCUUAACAAUUUAUUUAACUAAGACAAUAACACUAUAGCAUAUGUAUCCGUAUUUGUUAACUGAUGUGGUUAAACAAUUAAAAAAACCAAAAACCUUAGACUGAGUUUAACACACAUGAAAAACUUAAAUCCUUAUUUCCUGAUGAAUAGCCUUUGGACUAUAAUGUAACUUAAAUAGAAAACUAUCUUUAGAAAGAUUUUUCCUCCAAAAGCAUUUUAUUUUAAAAGUCCGAUUAAAAAAUAAAUCGAUUUUUAUCCACCCAGAGCUAAAGCGAGGGUUAGCUCUACCAACAGCUAUUUCAGGCAGGGGUUUCUCCUAGUCCUCAUGGCAGGAUAUUAUUAUUAAUAAUAAUAUUAUCAUAAUGUUAUUAUCAUUAUUAGUUCCAAAACAUCUGGAGGGCCACAGGUUCUCACCCUUGCAGCAAAGAGCCAAGGAAGUAUUUCAACAUGUACAGCCAUCUCUGAUUCAAGACAGAUAAGACCUGAGCUUGUUCAUCGGUGUAUUUGGAAAAAUCAAAGCUAUAAGGAGGGGAGUUGGUGGGAAACAGACAUUUUAAAGCCCAAAAGUGAUGAAAAUAUUCUUAGAAGCAAAGCCAUGCAAAAAGCAAGGACAUUUUAGACAAACAAGCAAUUCCCUUGGCCUGCCCUCCAGUUGGCCACUUCUAGGCUAAGAGAGGAGACCAGGUUUCCGCUCUGCUUUAAGAGAUCCCUAUGGACAAGGAACAUCUGACCUUAUAAAAGUGCAUACGUGGUAGAAACUUGCAGGUGUUCAAAAUCAAUCCACAGCAUUGGUUGCCUGUUCCAACUUUAGGGUGCAAUUCCCUUUGAGAAAGUCCAGAUUUGUUUUGCACAGCCCAUGUAAACAUUUUCCCCGCUUAGGUAGGUUCUUUCGAUUGCCCUCCAGCGUUUAAAGAGUCUCAAUCAUAGAGAUGGGUGACUUCAUUGCAGCUGCGAUGUCUUAAGAGGGGUAACGCUAUUAAAGUCCAAAAGAAAGGUCCUUCCUGCUGAGGGAGGAAAGUGCUUGGGAUAAUAU